AUGGCGCUGGUGAUGGAGCCGGUGAGCAAAUGGAGCACGAGCCAGGUGGUGGACUGGAUGAAAGGUAACACACACACACACACACACACACACACACACACACACACACACACACACACACACACACACACACACACACUUAUACAUCGUCAAACAUGUUAGAAAUACACACAACGAUGCUGGUGACACACGCACACGCAGGGGAGGGGAGGGGAGACAGAGGCGCGAUUGGUGUUAUACUGCGUGGGAGGUGUGUGUGUGUGUGUGUGUGUGUGUGUGUGUGUCGAUGCAUCACCCCGGCGGCACCUGAUGAUCAGCGGGUGAUGAUGUAACGUUUGAGUGACAGGUGGAGAGAGCGAGCCAAACUUCAGCAGGGGCGGGGCUAGAAACUUUUACAGGAGUGGUGGGGUAAUCAACAAUCAAUAAUCAAUAUCUCUGUAUGAAAUCAAUCUGCUCUUACAGUCUCUUUACAUCUUAGAGUUGUUUUCCACAUUUUAACCCUCAGAACUCCCGGCUUUAUUUAGCUUUUUGAUCACAACAAUCUGAUCAAUAAUCAUGUUUUCAUCGAUAUAUCACUGCAGAUUUACCAUCAAACGUCUCUGAUCAAACACCUGUUUUUGUGGCUGGAUUGUAAACCUUGUGGCAGGUGUAGAAAUGUCUGGAAACCCCCGAUAGAUCGCUAGAGUUCGAAGUGUAAAAAGUCGUGUACACUCUCCUUUGUGUACCUGUGUGUGUGUCUGUUAGUGUGUGUGUGUUAUUGUCUCUUGUAGCUCAUCAGACCGUGUUCCUGUCAUCCUCCUGUAAAACUCGCUCCUGUCUCCGUUUUCAGGACUCGUACCCACAGCAGGUGUUUUUGAAUAUUUUACCGCUCACAGGACAGAAGCAGCUGAAAACGCUCCCAUAAGCACGCCAGACCAGUUGGCGGCAAUAAUGCGUAGCCUGUCAGGUAGAGGAACAUGGCGUGAGAGUCAGCUGGAAACGGAUCCUUCUGCUGUAUCUGGAGCGACAAAUAAAAAACUAUUUAGCGAGGUUGAAACUUUAAAUCACACCGAACAGUGACAAGCAGAUCGAAACAAACCUGUGACUGAAAUAAAACUACAAUUCGGACUCGCGGAUUAGUCAAGAAAAAACUCAGAAAACAGUCGGAUUGAGGAUCGCAGAUGAAACCAUGGAUGAGGCGAUGCUGAUUCUAGAAGUCUAGAAGUAGAUUUCCUCCUCUGGAAGGACACAAUCUACUGCUUAUAUGUCUAUGUGUCUGUUUUUAUAGAGACGACUUGUUAUCGCGUGAUUGCACGUGUUUCCGCGGGUUCUUGUGAGUUCUCGCGAUUCCUGCUGUCCGUAAUCCGCCACGAAAUUCGCCUCAUAAACGGAUCCGGUAGGAAUUGGCAGAAGGCAAAAAUGGCAGCCGUUCCAGAUGUGGUGAAAAUUGGGGGUUAAGAAGCAGACCUAAACAAACCUACAACCAAACCAGUGUUGUUUUUGGCAGGCAUUUUAGAUUUAGUUUUAGUCUUAGUCAUUUUGACGAAAUGCUUCUUCGUUUUAGUCCCAUUUUAGUCAUUUCUAUCCUUGAUAGUUUUCGUCUAGUUUUAGUCCGACGAAAACUCAAAAGGUUUUCGUCUAGUUUUAGUCGACGUAAAGGUGCCUUUUGAGGUUCGUGGUGUUCUUUCCCGACAGUUUGAAGCAUGAGGAAGCUGUGGCUCCACAACUGUCGUCUGUCUCGUCUCCCCGUCCCGUGUUUUAUUGUCACUUUUAUUUUAUUGUCACUUGAACUGUAUCUGAAGUAGGACCAAAAAUCAUCCCUCUUUUUUCGGCCACCGGGCACCGCUGCUGUGCCUGCCGCCACGGUGUGUGUGUGUGCGCGCCUCGUCGGCCUGCCGCUCUGUGUAUGUGAAUGAGUGUGUGCGCGCAGCUGUGCGCGAGCGAGGCUUUUGGUGCGUGUGUGAUGGGGGCGUGACUGUUAGGAAAAAAAAAAGCAUGUUCUGAAACUUUGUUCGUCCACCUAAUAACAAUUUAGUCUCGUCUCGUUCUCGUCUGACGAAAAUGAAUAUAAUUUUCGUCACAUUUUAGUCUUUACAGAGCUUUGGUGACGUUCGUCUUAGUCUCAUUUUCGUCAAGGAAAAAAGGGGUCAGACGUCGUCAUUUAAGUUUUCGUCCUGCCUGACGAAAACAACACUGAACCAAACUAAAACUGAAAUUUGACAAGGACUAGUCAAGAAAAAACUCAGAAAACAGUCGGACUGAGGAUCGCAGAGUCUGCAGGUAAACCAUGUCGACAGGUUUGCUAAAGACAGCAGAGCUAGCACCACCAGGCCUCAGCUCCGCCUCUAGACCCGUGUCGUUUGGUUAUUCACGUCUUUGCUGCCUUAUAUAUAUAUUUCAUUGUACAAUCAGACUCACGCCGUUCCUCUUUCCUGAUCCACCUUUCUGUUUUUUCCACAUACGAGGACGAACAGAGCCGACUCUCUAACAGCAGUGUUCAGGAUUUAAACCCGUGUAAUCCUCCGAGUCUCGAUCGGGGAACACGAGGCGCGCUCUUUACAGAAACCGGCGUCAAUUAAAAACACACAAAGACUUUCCUAAAUGAGUGUUUGCUGAAAUUAAUGGAGCUUUGUUUACCCAGGGGCUUGUUAUGUGUUACAGAUAACUGAUGUGGGAUUUUAGUUAUGCAUAAUUCACAAAGCAGGCUGAUUGGGUCUGUACCCAGGAGCCGGAGUGAACAUGAGGAAACUGCUCCACACGUUCAAAAGAAAGAGUGUCUCCUUUAAACGGUGUCCUUUCCCUAUACAGAGGGUGAUGGCGCUGUUUUCACUUUUACUUAGGAAGUGAUUCUGUGUAAUUAUCAAUCAGCUUUCCCCUGAAACCAGCUGCCAAAAAGAGACAUGCCUCAGUAAAGACCGGUCUAUUAAUCAGAUUAAUCAUCCGACUUCAUUCAGUUUAAAUUAAUCACCAAGGUGAUGCCAAAACUAUCAGUGAAAACUUCAUUUCUCUGAGUGAUUUAUGUCCACUUUGGCAAAAAGAGAAGACGUGUGAGGCUCUUUUAAAACUUCAUAAAAGGAUCCAUCAAGAGCGUAAUCGCAAAAACAACAUGAAGACAGAGAAAUCAAACUCUUUUCUCCAGUUUUUCUCCAGUUUUCAGUGUCAUAAACUGAACUGUCAGGAAUGAGAAUAAUAAGUAAAUCUAUUGUUGCAGCCAUUAGACGCUGGAUUUUUCUCCUACUUUGGAGCUGCCACUAUUUGUGAGACCAAACAGACUUCACGGUUGAGUUAGGUGGAAAUUAAUGGGCUCUGGGGUGUUAUUGGGUGCUAGAACAAAAUUAGGGAUUGUGUAAUGAAAGUCAUUAAAGUUUUCCAUCCAAAACCGCCAUUUAGAGAGUCAAACACUGAAGAGGUAGAAGAAGAAGAAAGUUUUUAUGGGAGUGAGACGGUGGUGAGCUCGGGUUGACUGGAAAACCUGGAAUAUAAAAGCCAGGAACUGGGUCGCAUUCAGAGGAACUUACAGGCAUAAGUAGGUCCAAAUUAGGGCUGCACGAUUAAUCAAUUUUCAACUGUAAUUAUGACGAUGUGUCUACGAUUUCCAAUUCUUCGUUGAAAGGACAACUGGACUUACUUGAGACGUUUCUUCCAGGUAGGGCUGCACAAUCGAUUUUAAACCGUAAUCAGAUUAUUUAAUUAUGCCGAUGUUUAAAAUUUUAAAAUCGUCAAAUCCCACUUCCUCCCUUUGGGAGCGCUCCGCAGUUCCCACACACACCAGUAUAAACAAACAUGGCGAUAAUUUCGUGGCAAAAUCAGACAAGAGCGAGUCAGUCGUGUUGAAUUGGUACGACUUCACAGUUUCAGAUGAAGAGUAAACCACUCCUCGCUGCAAAGUCUGUCUGAAGGCGGUAUCAACCCGUCACCACGGAAACUAAUUCAGGAGGAAACGCUUUGUUGUAUCGGCGUUUCCGGUGACUGUAAACGUUACUUUUUGAAAACGGGUAAGAGAAUGAAUAAAUCUGUAAACGACGACCUUUACGCACAUGCUCUCUUCUUCUGUCUUUUGUGCAAUUCCUGUGCAGCGUUACAACGCCACUUACUGGCUUGGCAUAUGCACUACAUCAUUUUCAGUGGUUUGGUUUUGAGAGAUGAAAUAACCAACAACUACCAUUAUUACAACAUAUUUUUUUACACAAAAUAUAGUAAAAAAUGUUAAAAAGAUUCAUGUUGCAAAACUAUUAAAAAUAACACUUACAGGAGAUUUAAAACAGUGAAGUCUGUAAGGAUUUCAGUGAACUACAAAUACUUAAUUUGCUCUGAUAUUAAAUUUUUCAGUUAAAGCUCCUAUCACAUUUCAGAUUGUGUCAACAGAGUUAAACGUUGUCACUAAAUAAAGUCACUAAUUUCCACUGUGAGCCAUGAAACGUUGGUCAGAUGUUGCGCCCAAGCUGUCGUCCGCUCGCCGGGGCUGUUGAAUAUCGUACAGCUCGACUAUCUCGAUGUAAACAGGCACAGGUGUUGAGCAGGAUCUCUUAUGCUGCGUUUCAGUCACCUCGUAUAUCAGAUGUCGGAGCUGGGAAUGGCGUUACACCUGACUUGAGGGCGUUUUACUGGCAUUUCAGUAAACAAGUCGGAAAACCAAGAUGGACGCCUACUGUUAGCCGCUGUUGUUAGCUGUCGUUACCCGUUUUCAGUGGUUGUUAGACGUUGGACAGUAAAACAUAAACCACUUAUUUAAUUUCACUAAAACAAAACAGAAGUGCUAAUAAAUAAAACAUUACGAGAGUUUUCACUGUUACUCUUUACUGUUGAUGCACUGGGCUGCCAUCUUGGAUUAUGACGUUGUUUUCAAGUCAUGGUUGGUAAGGAUCGUCUGACUUUCUGAGUCGGAAAUCCAACUUUAGAGGGGCGUUGAAUUUCUGAAUCAUUUCUUCAUGGAAAUACAAUCAGACCGAGACGCUAAGACAGAAGAACGACCGCAUCUGCAGUGAAAAAUGAUCAAUAUGGUGAUUAUUACUUCAGGAAUAUGAUAAAGAAAUGAUCAUAAAUGUUCUUCCUUGAGCUGCGGCACCCCGCUGUAGUCCAUAAUGGACUGGCCCGAGGUCUAGCUACAAACAAGCGUCUGCUGGAAGAGAGUAGGUGAGUUGUGUUUAGUCUCUUUGCUAAAGAAAUGAGUCAAAGUUAAAAAGAUGUUUGGUGUCUAGUACUAUGUCUGUGACCCUAUAUGUCCUGUUGAUGAAGUUAGGUGCUGUUCUGAGCAUUAUUUGUGGCUAUAGAGUGGCGUUUUGGUUGGGGGCGUGGCUCUCUGUAUUGCUAUCCUGCUGUCGUUACAUUCAUCUCUGGAGGGGGGGUCUAACUCGGUGUUACAGUGUGUUUGACCCUAAAUUAAUUUUACGCCGGAAUAUCCCUUUAAUCUGUAACCAGCACAGACACAUGGACACCGACCUCCACGCUUCCCAAACCAAAUAAGAAAUCAUGAAAUGAGUCUCUCUGAAAAUCCUCAGUCUGCCUCUGUCAAUGUAAAUUUAUGAGCGGUAAACCCAAACUUGCUGUAAACCACAGUCUUGACCUACAAAAUUUGCCUUCCUGACCUUUAACAGCGCCCCCAUCGGGUCAAUCUCUGACAUCUUUCUCUGGCAGCUCCAGGAUGCAUCAGCGCUCCUCCGUGUCUCAUCAGGCUGAGCCAAAGUCCCCCCCCCCUCUAAAUAAUCUGUGAGAAAUGACGAACAACGCCGACUAAUAUUAGCGAUGAUUGUUAUUCGCCGUGUUUGUUGUGAUUUUUUAACGAUGUAAAGCAGGUCAGAGAUUUAUCGAGUCACACGCCGCAGAGAAAUCGUGACAUGGAUUUAUUUACAUGUUGUGCUGUUUCAGUUUUUGAGGUUAUCAGUUGGUCAUGUGCAUAUGGCGUGUGUUUAUAUGUGCCCCUGCGUGUGUGUGUGUGUGUGUGUGUGUGUGUGUGCAGUCAGUGUGUGGGAGGAUGGUGAGUUGUUCGUCCCAGACCGUCUGUGCAGAGCAGCUGACAGACACACACACACCAGCUCUGAACAGAAGGCUCCAACCGGGUCCUCGGACAUUUGCUUUUGCACACACACACACACACACACACACACACACACACACACACACACACACACACAAACUAUAACAUACACACAACACACGUGGCGCGCCUGAGCGUGGUAUUCGAUUCACGCUGGGUCUCUUGGGUGUGUCUGUGGCGACACAGGGAAACAUGAUACACUUUAUUUCAGUGUGUGUGUGUGUGUGUGUGUGUGUGUGUGUGUGUACAGUAAAAAUGUGCAGCUCACAUAUGCUCGCGCCUUUUGGGGCCAAAAGGUCUGACUGUCGUUGACUUGGCGGCGGCGCUGCAUUGGCAUGAAUGAGGCUCGAACAAUAUGGGAGUGGUACACUUCAGUGGUAACCUGAGAACCCGCCGGGGCUGCUGGGAAUUUUCACCCUCAUGUCCUGUUGUCGUUUGUUCUCGCUGUUUUUUUUUUAACCUCAUUUCCCCCGCAUGAAUCUGAUCACUAGACUUUAAAUUGCGGCGAACGCCCCGAGGAUAUUAUGGAAAACAGUCAGAGUGACGGUCACAGGCCGUCAGGAUCAGAGCGGGUUAUCCGUCUGUGGGAUUGAUCUGAAGGUGAGACUCGACAGGACUCUGGUUGCUUUAAACAUUCGCCAGUUUGCAUCAGAAAAUCAGACCGCGUUUGUUGCCUCAUUUGACUCCGCGGAGAAAAAAAAAAACAAGCGGUGCGUCGGUGUUUGAGGUUCGAGCAGAUCUGUGAAAGUCACCGCAGAGUGACGGCGCAGCGUGGGGUCAGGUCACGGAGAUGUUGAAGUACGCUCAGCGAUGAGGCUCAGGGGCUUCAAACACAUAUAUAAACGUCCUGACUAAUAUGAUCUGGUUUGAAUCUCGAUGUCACGACAGUAUUUGACAGUCUGGUGAAAAACAAGAGUCGAGGUACGAGGUUGAGGAAGCCAAUUAGCAAUCAAACAGUUUCCACAAGUAUUGGCUGACGAUAAGGCUGGGCGAUAUGGGGAAAAGUUUAUCACGAUAUAUUUUGUUCAUAUCAGUUGAUAUCGAUCAAUAUCAGGAUAUAAAAAUCUAACAGUGUUUAUUGGUCUCAUGUCUUUUCCAACACAAUAAUCUCCUGCAUCUGUGAGGUCUUUGUGUCUCUUUGGCGUUUUGUCAUGGCGGACUGAAUGGUCGUCUGUUUCGGCUCCUCGCUCCUCUCGGGGUUCGUAACCUUUUGCGUUGCGCGUGCUCUGCGGCGUGGCGCUGCUUCAGGUGGUGAAAAAGAUUUGAGGUAUUCCCCGACUUUGUGAGAACAUGUACUCGACAUAAUUUACAGUCCACAUUACUCUGCUUCAUGUCCGACCUCCAAAAAAACAAAAUACCUCCACACCACCGACGUUUUCCUAACGCCAGUGUUGUCGUUGACAUUGAUGUGGUCAUCUGUUGUGCCUUCAUGGUCAUUUCUGUCGGGGGUAGCACUCAUUUUCUUUGUUUCUCACCAACAGUGCUGUCGGCUUCACCUGUUAAAGUGCUAUGGUUGGGUGUAGCUGCUGUGUGACAGGAUACUUGGUUCUAAUUCAGAACAUGAUUGGUUCAGACCCGGAGAAACUCCCCUUUUCAUUGGCUGUUCGUAAAUUCUACCAAAACAUGUCAGAAUGACGACUAUUGAAAAACAUAUUGAUCAUGUUUUAUAUUGAUAUUGAGGGAAAUUCAUUUUUGAUAUAUUGUUAUCGUUAUAUCGCCGAGCCCUAGAUGACGAUGAAUUAAAGUGCAGUGUGAGAAUUUUCAGUUUUCAGUUGCGCUGCCAUCUUCUAUUAUGACGUUGUCGUCAAGUCGGGUUUGGUCAUCUGACUUUCCAAGAUGGAAAUCCGACUUCAGGGGGGCGUUCAACGUGAAUUUCUGACUUCUGAGUACAACUGGAACGCAACAUUCUUUCUGAUAAUUGUCCUUUUUACAAAAAAAAAAACGUGAGAUGGCGUUCGUCUUUUACCAACCUUCCUCACACCAGACUUCUGCUUUUUUCGUUCCCUUAAUUUCAGCAUUUUGAAAAAAUACUGAGAAAAAAGUAAAACCAGAAAAGUCUUAAGCGUCCGAGAGUAAAUAACCACAUUUACACUCGGACCAGACGCCCCAAAAAGCUGCUGUUAAUCGAAGAGAAGAACUCGUCUGGUUUAUCGCCCCCUGUGCGAAAACCCCGGGAUUAAAACUGGCAACCCUGGGGCUGUAAACUCAGCAGUGAUGGCUGCAGGGCUUUUAACGCCGUGCAUUUACAAAUCCCAGGAACACAGCGAGGCUCAUCUAACUUUUAUUGUUGCCGAAGCUUCAGAGCGCUCGGAACAGAUGACACAUAACCCGACUGGGAGAGCCAGAUCUUUUAUAGGACUCUCGAACAUCCCAGAAGUCACCGCACAAUCCAGUUUUAUUAAACGUGUGUGUGUGUGUGUGUGUGUGACAGAGAGAGAGAGAGAGAGAGAGAGAGAGAGGGUGUUUGUGGGUGUUUGGCUCGCCUGCUGUUGUGAAAAGUGUGCCUCUGUGGGAGUUAAGUGUGUGAGUCAGCCAUGAAUCACAUUUUUCUCCACCAGUCAAACAAGUGAGCGCACAGAUGAAUAUCUCCCUAACACAUGAAUGCUGUAUGUGCUGAGAUAUGAGUGCAUGAUUGUGCAGAUUACACACCAUUAUACAACAAACACACACCCACGCUUCCACUUAAAGUGCGAGUGUCGAUCUAUAGAAAAACGUGAGCGGGAAAGUCGGAGCUUCCCGCUGGCGCAGCGGUGAUUUCCCAGGUGUGACUUUUUCUUCUGCCGCCGCCAGGAAAGAAACGGAUGAAAAAAAAAAAAACACAUUAAUUUAAUUUAGAAGAAAACAUCCUGAUGAGAUUCAGCAACAACACCUCUGCGGAGGACAUGUGAAAACUGGACGACGAAUUAGCAUCAAGUAACGGAAAACAGAAAGUUUAACACUGAAAGUUUGAGAAAAAACUCCAAAUUAGGAAUAAAAGGCGGAAAUCUUUGGUAAUGAUGAACGCAUCAUGUAACUUAGUAUUUGAUUAAUAAGUGAAAUUAUUGGUCAAAUGUUCGUUAACAGUCUGAAGCGGGUUAAAUUUGUUCGCUUGGUCUUAAUAAAAGUUUUAAAACCUGAAAAAUAUGAAUAAAAGUUCAACUUUAAUCUAAAAAAUUAACCGACUAUCGAUCGGUCGACGACCAAACUUCAAACUACAGAUAUAAAAGUUGGUGACUCCAAGUUUGUUUAAAGAUGAUUUUAACGAUUUCAGAGUGAUUCAAACGUGGAGUAGGCAGGAUUCUGUUAAAGAAGCAUCUUUUUUGUGGUGUAUAAACAAAAAUCUUUUAAUAUCAGUCAAUAGUUAUUAGUUAUUGAUGACAUUUGACCAUAUUCUGAAUCCCCAAAAAAGGACUACACUAUGUUAGUUUUGAGAGUUUUUCAGGUGUCCUUUACGUGCUUCCAACUCAGUAAGUCUAAGUGACACAAAAUUGAAACUUACGGACAAAACCGCAGACAUUUAAAGGAUUUCAUAAACUCCCCCGGACAGGCCAGACAGCCCCCCAAAAAGAGGACAUGUCCGGGUAAAAGAGGACAUACGGUCACCCUAUUUCUGUUCGUGUCUGUUUUCUUCAGUUUGGCUGAUGUCUCUAUCUCUCAGCUCUCUAAAUGUUUCAGUUUCUCACAUAUUUCUCAUGAUAUUUUCUGUUUAUUUAGUUUUCUCCUGGUUUUAUUCGAGUGUAUUUUGUGUAUUUUCCCUGUAGUCCAGUCUUGUUAGUUUUCAGUUUGACCUCCUCUUCUCUGUUUUAUUCUUUAAAUCAGUUUUCAGUCUUUAUUUCCUGCUUUAUUUUGUAGGAGUUGAUUCUGUGUGUUUCUCCUUCCCUAGUUUUCCCUCCUUAAUUAACUCUCACCUGUGUCUCGUCUGCCUCACCUGUUACUCGUUAUGUAAUCAAUAAACCGUCUUCACGGUCGGCUAAAUAACUGAGUAACGGAGGAAUUGUUUCUAAAACUGUUUAAAAAGCUGAAAUCGAAUCAAAAACGUUGAACUUUUUUAGCUCCAAAAUCUCUGGGCGGUAAAAAGAAAGAAGAAGAAACGCAGAAAGAAAAAUCUGAACUGUUGGUUUAGAGAAAUAAAUUGAUGGUGAAACGGCCAGAAGAAGCGACGGCUGAAAUAAAUGGAGCUGCUGAUCGGAGCGUUUGAGGAUAUAUCGGAAAAAAGGCGAGUUGGGACCUCUGCAGAAAAAUAAUGACUCCCUCCCUGCAGCCGAACUGUAUGAAGGCUUUAUAUUAACUGUAUGGCGCCGUUCUGGUCUCUGCCUCUGUCUGCGUGGGCGUGUGUGCGCUCGCUCCACAGAGUCACUUACAAUUUGGCUCAUCAGUAUUCAGGGCAUUCGCGCUCUCGCUCCGUGCCAGCGAUAAGCGACGCUGAUUAUCGGUGAAGUUUUGUACAUCUCCCCGUCUGUUUCUCUGCCUCUCAGUUAUAGUAACACUUCUCCUGAGCGCAGACUGCCAACAUUGUUUUCAUCAGCGUCACGUCUUUUAGAAAUCACACCCCUUUAAAUGUGCGAAGACGCCUCACCUGAGUAAAAAUAGCACCACUAUAAUAUGUGUGUAAAUGCACUUUAUGACCGAGGAUUGGACCGGGCUGGGUUUGCUGUUCAGUACCUGCUGCAGCUGUAAACUCUCCUCUCUAUUGUGGAGUCGAGCUGCAGGGAUUCAACAGGAAGAGGAACCGCAGAGGUCUGUGAUCGACGUUGGCUCACAGUCUGUGUGUCCCCGAGGUGCUGGACUGACCUCUGUUCGAGGCACUGCAGUCCAGUCAAGUUUCUCCUUAAACAAUGAGGAUAAAAUCUAAAUUCUGGUUCUGAGCCGAGGAGAGGUGCUAAACUCAGUACGUUCACAUGACACACGAGUAAACCGAAGUAUCGCCUUAUUCCGAUUAAGACCGGACAACUGAAGUUAGUCCGACUAUAAUCAGAGUUUGAGAACUCCGAUUAAGACAUCCAGAUAAUCUGAUUGGAAUUCGAUUUUCUCUACCAUGUAACCAGCGUAGUCGGAGUAUGAUUGGACACCCCCAUAACCUGGUAACAAAACCCCCAGAGUAGAGGAGUAGCGUUGGUCUCAUCUGUAGAAAAAGUAGCGCGUCCAUCAUGUCGGACAAAAACAACGCUGUACGAUGCUCCAUCUUCUUGUUUCUCCAAAAUGCCCAGCAGCAGUUGUAGACACUUCUGACGUCUGACACCGACCUGCUGUUGUUGUUGACGGUUGUAUGGGGUCGGAAACAGCGCCGCUGAAAAGAACCAUAUUGCCCCCUAGUGUUGGGGAGGAGGACACGUUCACGUCAAUAAUUCGAUUUUCUCAGCUGCAUGUAAACGAGGACAAGGAGAGAAGUCUGAUUCAGAGAAAAAAGAAGAAUUAUGAGAGAGUGAAUGAAUUAUAAUAAGGUUGACCCCUGACCUCUGAAUCUGAGCCACUAAGAAGGAAAAGAGGUGAAUAUGUUGCUGUCGCUUUAAGAGGAUGGGGGAUGUUGUUAUCAUCAAAUCCACUCGCCCCGUGAGGACGCCGACUUUUCCCAUCAGGCAGAUUAGAGUCAUUUUAAAUUAACAGAGUUAAUCUGUGAUGAUUUCUGUUCAAAUUAAAGUGAGAUUGUGUUUUUAUUAUUAUUAUCUUUUUAACUCAGCUGACUGCGUUCGAGGCGGUCACCUUUGGUUUGCAGACCAGUUACUCCGGAUUUCCACCGCAUCCUGAUACUGAAAACAGUUUUUUUAAAGAUGGUAAAGAAACUUGUUUACAUCUAUACGAUGAGAGUUUGGGCUUUAAAGCUCCUGUGAGGAAGUCUUAGUUGAGUUUGGCGCCCCCUGUGGACAGAGCAGCCUUCGCAUGUCUUUCCUCAUAUUUGAGAAAUUGCUUUUGAUUUCUGACAGUCAAACGUGUAAUUUUUCGUCAUGAGGAUAAAGACGAUCAAUCAUGUUGCUGAUGGUCUAGUUUGCUUUUGGAUAUCAGGGAGAGGCGUCAUGAGUUUCAGUUUACUUCUUCAAUGUCUAAAAACCCCUCACAGGAGCUUUAAAUUAAGAGAUUAUUGAACAAAAAUCUUGGCAGAGUAGAAAGAAAAUUUUUCAUAAAAUACAAAGACAAGUAUCUCCGAAGUUUAGAAGUACUUUUGAACCACUGGACCAGUUUGCAGAUGUGAAAACAAGUCUUAUCUCCUCAUUAACAUUUUUAAAAGGUGAGAGGCAGACGACUGAAAACUGAGCGGUUUGAUGUUUCGCUCUUAUCGGAGGAGAGGAUAUCGCUCAUCAACUCCGAGUGUUCGGGGGUUUAGACGGUGAAAUCAAUCUGUGGAUAUAGAAGAUGGUGGAGAGAAGAAGCUCCACCUUCAGAGGAGACGGUCUGGAUUGAACGUCCGGGUCAUGAUCGUCGAGUUUAUUCGGUUUCCCAAAGAUGGAGCGACGUGUUUGUUAGUUUGACGUGGAGACUGAAGAGGGAAGGAAACAGGAAGUGACAAAUAUCUGUGUGUGUGUGUGUGUGUGUGAGUGUGCGAUUUAGAAGCUGGCGUACGAGGUCUUUUCUUCCUCUCUUCCUCUUCCUCCUCUUUCUCUUCCUCCUGUUUUCUCCCCAUCUUUGUUAGCGCGGUUAUGAUAGAUGAGUGUAUUAUAAAGCGGGGACUUGAGGCGGGGGAAAUCAAUGCUCAUUCCUCAGAGGUGUGAGUGUGUGUGUGUGCGUACGUGUGUGUAGUGUGUGUGUGUGUGUGUGUGUGUGUGUGUGUGUGUGUUUGCCAGUUGGCUGUUUGUUAAGAGGUUAGAUGUUGGAUACAUUCAUUGUUUUGGGAGCCAGGGGCUGCAGCUGAGCCGCUCCGUCUUGAUCUGCUUUUCCUUUGACUCAGCAAACCCGGGCCGGGCCAGACCGACACACACACACGCACGCGCGCACACACCCACAACACACGCACCCACACACUUAUACACUCACACACUUACAGAUCUAAAGAGUCCGGCCCACUCACAACACAGAUGUUACACAAUCGCUACCUGGGUGGCUGCCUGAUUGCCGUUUAUUACGGCUUUUCUACGAGCCUCUGGACUCUCCUCUCAGGUCCACGGUUUGUUUCAGGUCUGUUGGCGAGUAAAUUCACACACAUGAUUCAACAUCCAGUUCAGGUGAGGUGAGCUGUAACCCAUGACGACGGUUAGAGAGUCUUGACAGCGCUGAAGAGGAAGCUAAUUAGCUCUGCCGCAAAAUUCACCUUUUUUGACCUUUUCUGUCGGAGGACCAAAAAGAGGAAAGACCUAAAGAGAUAAAAUACUUUGUAAUAAAGAAACAUUUAGGACAGAGUGACCUAUUAUUUAACGGCUGACUUUAAAGUCGUAUUUUACCUGCAUAAAGUCACGGCCUUCCUUUAGGUUAGUCUGUGUUACACACAGUCUACAUAGCUAGAUUAAAUAGAUAUCUUAACUUUUUUAUUUUUUGUUUUAAUUUUUUUGUUUUUUGUUUUUUAUUUAUUUUAUUUUUAAAUCUUAUUUUUAUUUAUUUAUAUUUCUUAUUUUUUUAUAUUUCUUUUUUUAUCAUUUAUCUUUAAUUUGUUCAUUUUUCUAACAUGGCUGGAUUAAAAAAAACUUAAUUUUAUUUAUUUUAAUUUUUGUUGUUAAUUUUUGUUUUGUUUUUUUAAUCUAUAUUUAUUUUUUAAAUUUUUAAAUUUUCAUUUUUUAAUCAAUUAAUUAAUUAAUUUAUUUUAAUUUUCUUUUAAUUUCGUAUUUUUUCUUAUUUUUUAAAUUUUUUUAUUUAUUUAUUUUUCUUUUUUUGUUUUUCAAUUUUUUUUUGUUAUUUAAUUUAUUUUUUAUUUAUUUAUUUUUUAUAACAUGGCUGAAUUUUAAGUCUGCUAUCAUUGCUGUUGAUAGUAGACUAUAGUUCCUCUGUAUGCUCCAGACUGGAACUGUUUUCCUCCUGUUUUCUGUCUUUUAUUCUUUAAAUCAGUUUUCAGUGCUUAUUUCCUGUUUUAUUUUGUAGGAGUUGAUUCCUUGUGUUUCUACUCUCGUUUUACUUCCCCAGUUUUCCCUCCUUUUUUCCCUCCUUGUCUCACCUGUUGCUUGUUUACCUGUGUGUAUAUAGUCCCUGUCUUCCCCUGUUUCUUUGUUGGUUCAUUGUGUGUGUUUGUGUACGUUUGGAUCCCUGUUCAGGACAUUUUAAAGUAAGUUUUUGUUGCUUUUUAUCUACUUUGAUAUAAUAAAUCCUUUUGAGUCUGCAGUUUAGGGUCUUGUUUAAACAAACAGGGUUAAAUAAAGGAUUGAUUCAGCACAUUAGAAAAUCUAACUUUAAAGGUGGCACACUAAGUACAUCUGAAUACCUGCUGUUUAGAACCUCAUAGAGUUAAGUGUAAACCCACUCUGUCCCUGUACGAGCACAAAUGUUGACUAUCAGCUUCAAUGUUGGUCUUUUAUGUAAGAGAGGAGCAGAGACUGCCUGUCUUUCUCCGAUUACACUCUUUCUUUUCCUCCCUUUCAAGGUGAAACUGUCUCAAAGUCACAUGUCUCGCUCAUAAAUCGAACAAAAUGUUCUCCAUCCUGUGUGAAAUAGAAAAACAAAACAAGACCUUAAAAGCCUCGCUCAGCCCCGAGGUGUCUCUCAAAACAAACCGCGUCUUAUUCUUUUCCCUCAUUGCGCUCCGGCUUUGAAACGGCACUUGGGUGAAAUCUACAAAACUGCAAACAAGCUGCAUGUCUGAAAAAACAUUACACAGCAGCUGUUGUAUUAUCGGAGACGAGAUGAAAAUGUGUCUACGGUUUCCUGAGCAGAAUGAAGCAUCUGCCCUCGCCAUGGGAAAAAACGUACGGUCUGUAAGAGCGGAUCAGUGCGACUGGAAACCAAUCAUUGAGAGUGGGAAUGAGUCUGGGUAUCGAUCAGGGGGGAUGGACACUUGAAGGAGAGACUAAAAGGAAGUUCUCCUAUCAUCUCAGUCAGACAUCUGUGUUUACUUUUAUAAGAUUACAGUAAAAUACAGAAAAACGGCUCUAACCGAAAAGUUCAGACCUGAGGACAUUUUAACGUCUUUUUACUGUCGUUCCAUCCGAAAACUCUGAUUAGUCUGGUUUUCAGAGACAGCAGGCAGAUGUUUUCAGACGCUCACAGACUCUCUGUACACCAUCUGGACAAGAGGCGGAAUUAGCACAGAGGAGCAUUCAUGAGCCGAGGAGGCGUUACCGCAACAGGAGCUGUCGGAGGUGAAACAAAAAGACGACUUAGAGGCACGGUCGACGAUCUGAGAAGCAGUUGAAAAAAACUGAGCCGUUGAGGCAGAUUUUAAAAAAGGUUCCCAUUGGUCAAUGUUUUUGCAGCCCUGCGCCUGAUAGGGUGAACGGAUUUUUUCCGAUCUUUUUCUCUUCACUUUGUGGAGAUCGCACUAUAGGACCAUGAUCGCCAUAGAAACGAGGUUCAUAAUAACUACCAAUAUCUCCAAUCGUCAACCAUGACUUUAAAAUCAGAUUUAAGUCCCUUCAUAUCCACUGGUGGGGGAUAAAAAGGGGAGUUAUUUUGGUUGAACUAUGACAGGGCUAAUCCAUGCGGAGGUGGGCUUCAAACCUUUAUUGAUUUUUAUAAUUAGAGUUCUGUGAAUGUUUUCCCAUUCAUUGUCCAGAUUAUCAGACAGCAGCUUCCUGUUGGAGUCUCUGGUAUGUCAAGUUUAUAUAGACAUACAUAGGAGGUGUAAUCGCACCAAGAGCUUUUGGAGGUUCAACAAGUAGACGACUUAAAAUUAGAUUUAAGUCACUUCAUAUUCACUGGUGGGGGAUAAAAAAAGAGGGGACUAAUAUAUGCAAAGGUUGGGUUUGAAUCUUUUAUUUUAAUUAGAUAUAUCACUUGCUGACGAAUCCGAACCCUUAAGUUUUGAGAAGUAAAGCCAUUGCUGAACUGCAGUUCCUCGAGCGUCCACUUGAGGCCUCUUUUAAAAGCAGUUUUAAUCAGUUUAUUUGAAAAUAAGUCAUUUUUUAUCUUCGAAUCGAGAGUUCUGUGAAUGUUUUCUCUUUCAUUGUCCAGAAAUGCAGACAGCAGCUCUCUGUUGCCGUCUCAUUUAUAUGGACUCCGGUUUGUUGACAGAGAUUUCUAUUUUUCUGUCAAGAGUUCAAGGAGCCUUAUUUUUGCAGUUCAGAUUCAUUUUAUGGGAUUUAAAUGAUGAAACAUCCCAGAAAAAUAUAAAAAUGGUGUUGUCAACCUCUGGUAUGUCUGGUUUAUUAUCUCCCGGCAACACAGAGAACGAAGUAUCAAUAGUCCCACAACCCUGAGAAGAAAAACAACUUAUUUAUUUUACAGCGGUCAUGAUCUCAUUUUGGAACAAAUCAGUGUUUUCAUCCUGAGUAACUCUCAUGAAAAAUGUGUUUGCUACAGGUCUGGAUGACUGCCUGCAGCAAUAUGUGUGUGUGUUUGAGCGUGGAGGCGUGUGCGGGGAGAGGCUGCUGAGGAUCAGCCACGCCGAACUGGAGGAGCUGGGAGUCUCCCGUAUCGGACACCAGGAGCUGAUCCUGGAGGCCGUCGACCUGCUCUGCGCUCUGGUGAGUUUGUUUGUUCUGUAGUUUUAGUGCUCCGCUGGACUCUCAUUAGCAAUCUGUACAGCUGCAGCUCUUAAUGUAUUUGUGUUCUGCUUGAAUACACAGUGUAAUAGUGCGCAGAAAGUAAAGUCUUACUGUGCAACAUCAAAGUUUUACAUCUGCUAAUAGGUGCAAUCACAAACUUUGUAAAAGUUUAUAAUUAUACUUCAAAACUACGAGGUCCUCGUUUAGACGGUAAAAAUUAAUAGUCCUCUGUUGGCCCUAAAAACAUGUUUAUGUGUUUGUGUGUGUUUGUGUAUGUGUAGAACUCAGGUCUCGAGACAGAAAGCGUCAGGACUCUGGCUCACAAACUUGGCGCCUCAGCCAAAAACCUGCAGAACUUCAUCUCCGGCCGCCGUCGCAGCAGCCAAUCAGAAAGCAGGACCUCAAGGCGACUCCCCAACGAUCUGCUGACCUCAGUGGUUGACCUCAUCACCGCAGCCAAGAGCCUGCUAGCUUGGCUGGACAGGUAAUGUGUGAACAUAUAGUCCAGUGUAGGUUUCAAGUUAGGAGACUCUUUUAAAGUUGGAACUCUAAUACCCAAAAUGCAUCUGGAUAGUUUUUAAAAUGUUGAUAAACAGAAAAUUUAGCACCCAGACUGUUCAGAGUGAUGCCGUCACAACAUAUACAGAAUAUUACAUUUAAUUGUUUAUUAUCUAUAACCACAAAACCUGAGUAUGUCAUAUUCAGCCUUCCCAAAUGUGUUAGCUCGCCGUGUCAUAGCCCGACUGUAUCAAAGAUGGUGGUAUUUGAGUCGUGUGCCGAUAACAAACCUGUUGGUCUGGUGUCCGUCCAUGAUUUCCAAAAAGAAAGUCAAACUCAGAUUUUUCAGGACUGUUUUUUUGUGACUGUCUUUGUGUCUCUUUGGCGUUUUGUCGUAAGGCGUUGCUCUAGAGAAAGCCGACUGAACGGUCGUCUGUUUCGGCUCCUCACUCCUCUCGGGGUUUGUAACCUUUUGCGUUGCGCGUGCUCUGCGGCAUGGCGCUGCUUCAGGUGUUGAAAAAGAUUUGAGGUAUUCCCCGACUUUGUGAGAACAUGUACUCGACAUAAUUUACAGUCCACAUUACUCUGCUUCAUGUCCGACCUCCAAAAACCAAAAUACCUCCACACCACCGACGUUUUCCUAACGCCAGUGUUGUGGUUGACAUUGAUGUGGUCAUCUGUUGAGCCUUCAUGGUCAUUUCUGUCGGGGGUAGCACUCAUUUUCUUUGUUUCUCACCAACAGUGCUGUCGGCUUCACCUGUUAAAGUGCUAUGGUUGGGUGUAGCUGCUGUGUGAUAGGACGCAGUUGAUCAUACUAGCACAUGAUUGGUUCAGAAUGAAGCGGAUCCGGAGCAACUCCCCUUUUCAUUGGCUGUUCAUAUAAUCGACCAAUACAUGGCAGAAUGACAACUAUUGAAAAGGAUAUUGAUCAUGUUUUUUAUUGAUACCGAGGUAAAUUAAUUUUUGAUAUAUAUCGUUAUCGUUUUAUCGCCCAGCCCUACCCGGUGAUGUUACUCACCUGUUGGAAAUGAACCUGAUCAGCUGGUCGAUGUUCUUCUCGGUGUUCUUGUCCUGAUCUGUUUAUCUGUAGUUGGAGUGACUGCCUCUCCAUGUUGCUGCAGUGAAGACGAGCAGAUUAUUCUGAGUAUGUGUUCAGUUCGCUCAAAUCUGCAAAGCAUCGACUCUCUUUUGCAGCGGCUGCUUGUUGACAUCUUUUCAGAAAUAUGUUUUUCUUAAAGGAUAAUGUCAGAGCUCUUUUCUCCCCUCUCUCUCUCUCUCUCUCUCUGUCACUUCAUUUAUUCAUGACUCGACUCGAUCUCCUGCACACACAUCACAUUCGGAGCUAAAGGUCUUAGGCAUUCGCUUCUUGAAAUGUCGGGCAUCCCACAUCUGUCCUCAGGCCAUCCAGACACACAGGAGCGUAUAGAGCGGCGUCCACACGAGCGCACUCAGACUCACGGAAAACACCCACGCACUCACACUCGCAGACAGACACCUACACCCGCACGCACUGACACACACUUAUGCAAGCGCACACACGCGCUCGCUCGCCCACGCACGGUGAUGCAACUGUAAAUGGCAAAGCGACACAGAGGAAGGGAAAGACUCCUGCUCUCGAUUCUUCAUUUCUGAGACGUAUCUGUUCAGACGUCGUCAAAGACUUCUUUUAUUUUAUAACCCGCACGCUAAAUUUAACAGGCGCUCCAUCCGGUCGCAGCUUUUAUUUCAAUGAAAUCUCAUCUCUUAGAAACCGAUUUUCCACUGCAUUGGAAUAACAAAUGAGUGAGUAAAACGAGAUGAAUUUUUUAUUGAAAUAAGAGCGUCGAGGUGGAUGAUUCGGGGGACUUCAUUAAGUGUACCCUAACGACGUGGAGAAGGUUAUGAUUUCCAAGCAGAACACAGUCUGUCUUGUCUUGAUUACUCGCUCUGUAAAAGGUCUGCAGCAGCAACAGCAGCAGAUUUGCAUAAAUUGUGUUGAAUCUGAACUUUCAUCUCUCCCUGAUUGCCGGUUAUUAGACCUCUCAGGGAUGAGCGAAGAGUACGGCGCUCAUGAGCAGCACUUUGUGGUUUCUUUCUCAGAUGUUUUUCACCAACUCUCUCCGUCUUUCCCUCCGCUCUGACGCCCCGAUGUGUCCUCCUCUAUACGCUUAUCUAUCCCUCAGGGCUGUCAGAGGAGGAAAACCCCCGCUGGAUUCUUCUGUCAGGGAGAAGACGUGACACCAUCACUCAUCGAUUAUUGAAAUUAGCAGAAUUUCUCUGUUUCUUUAAAUCUCAUCUAUAUGAGCGCGUGGAAAAACCUCGGUCUGAAUUAAUAAUGUGUCCUCAGAGGAAAGAGUGAGUUUCUGAUUACUUCAAAAUGCUGUUCUGGUUUCUUAUAUAAUAAUAAUAAUAAUAAUAAUACUAAUAAUAAUCACAGUAACUAUUUAUAAAGCAUUUUUAUUAACGUUAAAGUUUGUUGACAGAUAAAGCAAAAGCAGAGACUCAGGGAAUGGAUGAGGAAGAAAAGGGACCCAUGUUGUAGGGAUGGGUGAUAUGGCCUCAAAUCAAUAUCACGAUAAAUAGACGAUAACUACUCCACGAACUGCUCACCCCCUCCAACAUUAACUUCGUCUACUUCAGCCGCUCCAACUUUCUCACCGUCCUCCAUCUCCUCACCUGUCUUUCCCUCUUUGUUACAGACUGGAUGGGGCGGAGUCACGUCUCUGAUGUAGGACAGCGUCUUAAAGGGACAUGAGACCAUAGCCUACCUACACACAUCCAAAACCAACUUUGAUUUAUUGAUUUAUUUGACACUGAAUAUGAUGGGCAAAAUGACGUCGGUCAUUGUCGUAAAUUUCGAUAUCUGUAAAUUUUUGGUUUAUCGCCCAGCCCUAACUCAAAAAACUUUUACUAAUAAAACAAACUUUGAGUUCACUAGUACUACAGGUCGACUGUUCUUCGUCUACUUGUAGUACUAGUUGAGGUAAGGUUCACUUGUACACUGAAUAUACCGAUUUGGGCAAAAUUAUGUCUGUUAUUGUCGUAAAUUUUGGUGUCCUUCAAUUUUCGUUGUCGCCCAGCCCGACAAUGUUGAUCGUUUUUCUCUAAAAAGUGCAGAGAUGAGGGUUUCAGGGGUGGAUUCAGGGUUUAUCUUGGGGUGCCCCAGCCCCUAAAGUCCUGAACUUUGUUGUAACUUUUUACACAUUUUGAACCGUCCUUCUCUUUGUCUUUUAAAGAUUUAAGCAGGAAAAUUAUCUCAAAUGUUUGUUUAACUUUGUCGCUCAGUAAUAUUAACAUGUAAUCCACUUUAAUUAGAGGUAAUCAAUUAUCAGCCUGAUAGGAUAUGAAACAAACAAGGUAAUAUUCUCAUAAUCAAUGAGGUCUUUAUUGGGAAUCCAAAUGAAUAAUGAACUGGUACGGUCUCACAGUCGCUCAUCCUUCAAAAUAAAAGCACAGUUUUACAAGGCUGGAAACCUUAGUGUUAAAGCAGGAUGGAAACAUUGUCAGAAUAAAAGUGUGAUGAACAUUCGUCUCCUCUGUAGAAGUUUUGGAUGUAGAUGAGUCAAAAAUGUAAACAUAAUUAGAAAUAGUUGAUAAAGCACCGAACUUGGGGGGUCAGAGCCUUCUCCGCUGUUGCCCCAACCCUCUGGAAUUCACUCCCUAAACCCACCCAAGACUGUACAGACGCCCACACUGUCAAAUCACUCCUAAAAACACACCUUUUUAAAUUUGUUUUUAACCUGUGAACUUUCUUUUAUUGUCGUUUUAUAUUGUGUCUUUUUAACCGUCUACGCUGUUGGUCUCAUUACUCAAAAUUUUCUUUAUUUUAAACUGUGUAAAGCGUCUUUGUGCACCUGUAAAAGGGCGUUAUAAUCAAAUUUAUUAUUAUUAUUAUUAUUAUUAUUAUUAAAAGGUCAGCUAUCUGAUUUGGGUCAGUUUUGGCGCCCCCCUGUGGACAAAGCAGUCUCUACUCACCUUGUCCUCGACUUACAUACAGAUGUCGAAAAACUCCUAUUAGGAGCUUUAAUUUUGUUGAUUAGUAAAGUUCAGGAAGUUGGUCUGGGAACUCGUCAGGAUCCCAGUUUCGGAGGACUUUGGUCAACUUACUUCAACUCCUGCCCCCUACAGUCCGACCCUGGAUAAGCAGAAGAAAACAGAUGGAUGGACAGCAUGAGUGUUUUUAAACGCGGUGACACCUUUAGUGUUAUUAUCACUCACAUAAGUUUGUAAUUUACCUACAAGGACGAGAACACGGUGAUUUAAUGAGGAAAUAUCAGGAGUGAAGGGAGAGGAGGAGUGUGGGAGAGAGAAACCUGUCGGCUGGUUCAGUCCAGGAGGAAUAAACUGAAGUUCAGAGAGUGGGAGACUCUUUGUGGAGGAUCCGUCUCGGGAGUUGAGCCACCAAAGCCAAUCAGGAGUCCCGGACAGCAGCUGUAGAGGGACCGAAGGACUGAAUAAUAAAUGAUGAAAGGAGGGAAGAGGAGGUGAAUGGAUGUGAAUUUGGAUGAGCAGAGGAGAGGAAGAGGAGGGAGGGUUCAGAAAAGACAAGACGAAGAGUUCAGGAUCAGUUAAUGAAGUAUAAAUACACUCUGAGGCAGAGUUUAUAUUCUUAAAACCUGUUGUUUGUAUUCCAGAUGUCUGCUGUUCAGUUGUUUGAUACUUGAUUCUAAUUCAGAACAUGAUUGGUUCAGCGAGGAAACUCCCCUUUUCAUUGGCUGUUCGUAAAGUCAACCAAAACAUGGCAGAAUGACGACUUUUGAAAAGAAUAUUGACCGUGUUUUAUAUUAAUAUCAGGGGAAAUUAAUUUAGAUUAUAUAUCAUUUUAUCGCCCAGCCCUAAAAGGAGCUUAAGUGUGUUUGUCUCAUUAUUGUCGCAGAAAAUAAAAGAGUUUAUUUACCGUCUUAAUAAAAUAAUUUUCCGAUCUUUACUCUCGAACAGAAGCUGCAGGUUUUAUCUGUGAGAAAUCUUCAUGUUCUGAUGGCUGUUCGAGGGUUCGAGCGAACAGUCUGUGUAGCCUUAGGUCCUGCGUAUAUAUAGCACACAGCCUCAAUACUGAUGACCCAAAUCACACACACACACACACACACACACACACACACUGAUAGUACAGUAUACACUAGAGGCUGUGGCCGAAUUUUAUCUGGGUCUUUAGAACAAUGAAGCAAAGUUGUGAUAUAUGUGUUAUAAAAAACUCCUGUGUGUGUGUGUGUAUGUGUGUGUGUGUGUGUGUGUGCGUGUGCAGUCAUUAGCACCCCAUUAGCUGCAGCACGCUCCCUCUCUCCCUAACACCUUGUUCACACCUGAAUAGUCUAUUAUGUUAGCGUACGUCUGGGGCCUCAUUUAUAAACAUGGCGUUCGCACAAAGGGGCUUUAGAGACCCUCGUCUUUGGAAAGUCUGACGACGGGAACAAACAUGCAGGAGACUUUGUAGUGGAUCCACAGAAGGUCUAAUCAUCUCCUCAUUGUUUCUUCGAGUCGUUAAAAUCAGAGCGAGGCGCUAACUUUGCUGUUUCCUGUUUGUUUCUUUUCCUAAAUCCUGAGCUGAGGCGAUAAAAAGUACCUGAGAGGAGGAGGAGGAGGAGGAGGAGGAGGAGGAGGAGGAGGAGGAGUGUAAAUCGUGCUCUGAGAACAGAGUGGCCCAUUUACCUGGUUCUCCAACACAUCCGUCCACUGGAGCCUGUCCCCCUUUUCCACUGUGAACAAAAACUACUACAAGUUUAAUCUCAACUUUACGGAGAGUCGGAGGAAGUUUCCUGCUCCAGAUUAUUUCAGUCGUCUCGAUGUUUUAUUAUCGGAGUCCUGUCCUCGGAUGCCUCAUUUGUGACUCGGUGUCGAUGUCCUCCUAAUGAGUCGGUGUGUGAGCGGCACAGCUGGGUGUAAAGAAAGAGGAAAAUGCCUGCAGGUGAGCUCGGAUCGGUGUACGCAUGGAGCAAGAGCGGCACACUCCAUUCAGGUGGAGUAGAUUUUAAUGAAUGAGGGCGGAGAGGCUCAUUCAUUCUGCUGAAGACAGCAACACCCAAUUAUAGCUCCUCUGACAGCAUCAGGGAAAGUUCUGGAGCUUCACUAAACUCAGAACCGACCCGCAGAAACCCAGAAACCCAGAACACCGUCUAUUAGUGAGAGACGAAUCCAUCAUCAUCAUCAUCGUCGAGAGUUUAGAGGAUGACCACGAUGACCGUGAUAACUGUGUCGAAGCGCCGCUCCUCUAGAUGUUUCUGUAGGAUUUCUGACCCGGGACAGAGGUCACAUGUUACUGAAAUUUUGUUUUUCGCUCUUGAGUUGAAAAUAAUGUGAGCAGAAACUGAUCUUCCCCUCUUCGCCGGUCUCUGACCUGUCCAGUCCUCCUCAUGGCGUUUGUUUGUUUACGAGUGUGAUGCACGAGUGUGACAAGAGCUUAGUUUUUCCAAUUCAAUUCAACUUUAUUGAUCGCUGAAAGGUUUUGUGAACUGUGUGCUGUCAUAAAACCUCAACAAAAGGAAUGAAGUAACGCAGCGUUUGGUAACAGAAACAGAGUCACUGAAUUUAAAAAAACAACGCGUUACAUUAUUAGUUACUGAAUAAAGUAACGGCGUUACUAAUAACGUGUAACAAUCAUAGACUGUUCGUAAACGUUUAAUAAGAAUAAAGGAUUUAAAGGUGAUAAUGUCUUUAUUUAAUUCCAUAAAGGUGAAACAGAAACUGUAAUUUAUGUGAUUAAAGUGUAAAAUCUUCUCCUCAGGUGUUUUAUUGAGUACGGCAUAAACCUACAGAUGAGUGUGUUUGUGUCUGUGCAUGUACACACACACACACACACACACACACAGACAGAGAUUACGUGUGUGUGUGUAACAAUGCUGCUGCCCGUCUCCUCUGUACAUUAUCUAACGCUGCAGAAACAUUUGAAGAUAUAGCUCCCACUCUCUCUCUCCCCCCCCCUCUCCCUCUCUCUCUCUCUCUCUCUCUCUCUCUCUCUCUCUCUCUCUCUCUCUCUCUCUCUCUCUCUCUCUCUCUCUCUCUCUCUCUCUCUCUCUCUCUCUCUCUCUCUCUCUCUCUCUCUCUCUCUCUCUCUCUCUCUCUCUCUCUCUCUCUCUCUCUCUCUCUCUCUCUCUCUCUCUCUCUCUCUCUCUCCCUCUCUCUCUCUCUUAUCUGCUCCCUCCAGGUCUCCCUUCGCUGCAGUGGCAGACUACUCAGUAACCCGAAAUAAUGUCAUCCAGCUCUGCCUGGAGCUCACCACCAUUGUACAGCAGGUGUGUUAGUGUGUGUACGUGUGUGUGUUUUGAAGGCUUGUAUUCUGCCAUGCUUGUCAUAUCCCCCUAAGAACGGCGGUGUGUGUGUGUGUGUGUGUGUGUGUGUGUGUGUGUGUGUGUGUGUGUGUGUGUGUAUGUGUGUGUGUGUGGGCGUGAUGCAGCAGCAGCAGCCUCAGACUCUCUCCAUCUUUGAGCGAGUCUCCAGUUUCUGUUGUUUACGUCCUUCUUUUGUGUAAAUCAAAGAUAUAAAAGUGUGUUUGUGUUUGUGUGUUUGUGUUUGUGUGUGUUUGUUUGUGUGUUUUUAUCUCAGGUUAGGGUUCAGUCAUGUGAGGCCCAGACUCUUUACUGUGUUUGUGUGUUUUUGUUAGGACACCAUGUUCUGCUCGCGCUACAUUAAAUUCUGCUUCUCCCGCAGGACUGUACGGUGUUUGAGACGGAGAACAAAAUCCUCCAUGUGGUGAGUCCCGCGUCCUCGUCCAGCUGUCUCCUGUCUGCGUUGUGUUUUCUUGGAUAUUUAAUCCGCUCACACCUCCUCGUACAAAACUCCUUAAACACCACGACUUCAUCUCCAGCUGGAUCUGAUGUCUCUGGAUUUAAGCUCCUCUGUCUGUUUGUCCUCCUCUAUCUGUGGAUUUGCUUUUCACCAAGAGUUACACGAGAAGAUUAUAAUCUUUCUGUUUAAUCGGAAGAAAACAGACGAGGCGUUGUUUAUUUAACGUCAUAUAAAAACAACAGGCAUGAGCAGAAACUCGCCUGAGUCUGAGUUCGGAAAGAAAUUAGCAGAACGAGAGAAUGAAACCGAACAUUUAAUGUAGAUGUGUAGAGAGUUUUGUAUAAUGAACAGUGGAGCUGAAGCCUCGCUCUAAUAAACAAGAAUUAGGAAUUUAAAAGGUGUUUUUUAAUUCCUGAAAGAUAAAUUUCACUACGACCACUAGAGGACGCCACCGAACAAUUAGCGUAAAUGUGUUCUUUUUUUUAUAAACCUUUUUGAGAGUUUUGUCUAAUUUACGGUGGAGCUAAAGCCUCGCUCUAAUAUACAUUUAAUAAGAAUUAGGAAUUUAAAAGGUGUUUUUUAAUUCCAGGAAAGAUAGUUUUCACUAUGACCACUAGAGGACGCCACCAAACAUUUAGCGUAAAUAUGUUUUUUAAUUUCAAACCGUUUUAAGAGUUUUCUCUUAAGCACAGUGAAGCUGAAGCCUCACUCCUGAUAAAUAUUUUUUUUAAAUAAAUGAUUUAAAAGGUGAUAACGUCUUUUCUAAUUCCAGGAAAGAUAGUUCUUACAAUGACCACUAGAGGACGCCACUGAACAUUUAGCAUAAAUGUGUGUUUUGUUUUGUUUUUUUAAACCUUUUUUAAAGUUUUGUCUAAUUUUUAGUGGAGCUGAAGCCUCGCUCUAAUAAACAUUUAAUAAGAAUAAAUGAUUUAAAAGGUGAUAACGUCUUUUCUAAUUCCAGGAAAGAUAGUUCUUACGAUGACCACUAGAGGACGCCACCUGACGUUUAGCGUAAAUGUGUUUUUUUAAAGAUUUUGUCUAAUGUGCGGUGCAGUUGAAGAUUUAAACGGUUAUAAUGUCUUUUCUAAUUCCAUAAAUUUGAAACAAAAACCUGAAUAUUUGUGAUUAAUGUGCGUAUUGCGCAAAAAAUCGUACAGCCACUUCGCUGAGUUUUCCUUUUAGAGAAGCUUUUUUAAAACUCUUGGAAUAACUCGACUCAUUUCUUCCUCUUUAUUAAACACAAUUAUUUUUUAUUAUUCAACUUUUAUUGAGUUUUAAUAUUUUUUACAAAAACAAAAAGGAAAAAAAAAGGAAAAAUGAAGAUACUGUGCGAUGACAAUGCGAAACAGAAUCCUUCGUUUCUUGGAAAUAACUCGAUCUGGGGGUCUGAAAAGUCGCUAAAUCUAGCGACAAACUCGCUCGUUUGGCGACUCUGGAGGCACUGCUGUCUGUCCACGGGAACGCCGAUAAAAUGUGGAUUUUGAGAAGUUGUUAAAAAACGUUUUUAGGGACCUGAAGUUGGUUUGUAGAUGUUCACAAAGUCAAAAGGUUAAAAAAACUCCUGACCUUUUCUUCUCUUAAGGAGUUUUUUCAGACAGGAACACGACCUGAACUCAGACCCUAAACGCUCGUCUCAAUAUGUGGGGCACUUGGACCUCAUGGCGCCCCCGGUCUCCUCUGAUGAACCCUGACCCCGUCUGAAAGCGCCAUGAACGCCUUUAAACCGCCAUAUUCACCGAGCGUUUCCCAGCAGACCCUCUGAUUUGUCAGUGACCCUCUAAUUAAUGCGGUAAUUACCGUCACAGAGCCUCUCUUAAUGAUGUUAGUUCUGCCGAUGCUUCACCUGCUGCUGUAAGUCAACAUCCAUUCAUUAUCCAGACCGCCUAUCCUGUCCGGGGUCAGAGAGGGGGCUGGAGUUAGUCCAGGCGAGUAGACCCUGACCCAGAAUAAAGCUGACUCAGAGUUCAGAGUCAGCAGUUCUCCUAAUGAGCAGGUCUUCUCUCUCCGAUCAGGAGCGAUCCACAAACUCCGCCUCCACCCUCGUGUUUUUGAUUUACUGUUAAGGUGUCUGAAAAGUCGACAUUGUCUGUAAAACUUUCCCGCUCUAAUUUAUCAGCCGUAAAAUAUUCUGUCAGCGCUUUACUUUCCCGGGGAACGGGCCUUAAAGCCGACGGCGUGAUGUUCAGAGCGCUCUUCGUUUUUUUUCUUAAUGCAGAUUUUUAAUGUAAAUGAAACUUGCCUGUUAUUUAUCCUCUGUGGAGGCCGACCUUAAAAAAAAACAUCCGUACAGCUUUAUUCUCUUUAGAAAACGUACAAUUACCUCAGUGAACAGAUUCAGGCUCUUAAAUCCUGAGCGCUGGUUUCAAGAAUUGAGACUUAAAUGUGUUUAUUUUCCUCGUAAAGACGAAAAAUAUCUGUAAUAAAAAAACAAAAGCUGUGGAGCGAGGCGUUUUUUCUCUGUUUUCUUAUUAAAGCAGUUUUCUCUCUUCUUCUUCUUCUUCUUCUUCUUCUUCUUCUUCUUCUUCUUCUUCUUCUUCCUCUUCUUCUCCUCCUCCUCUUUAGUGUAAAACUCUGUCGGAGGUGUGCGAACACAUCGUGUGUGUGUCAUCAGACCCGCUGGUUUCUCAGUCGGCCCACCUGGAGCUGGUUCACCUCACCAACAUCAAACCCUCUGAAGGCCUGGUAAUGACUCUGUGUGUGUGGACUCUCUCUCUCUCUCUCUCUCUCUCUCUCUCUCUCUCUCUCUCUCUCUCUCUCUCUCUCUCUCUCUGUUUUUCUGUGGAUCUGUUAAAAGCCGUCAUUACAGAGAGUUCUUCAUAAAGAGUUCAGACCUGAGGGGAAUUUUCUUCUUCGUACUUUUUUAAAAUCAGAGAAACUUUGAGGAUGAAAUCAGACGAUCAUGAAGGAAAGGUUUGCGUCUAAGAAAUGAGACAUGUAGGUUUUAUUGGACUGAUGUUUUUACAGGCGACUUCAUGUUUUCAGUUCAGAGACACCAAAGAUUUUCUAUUUUCCUUCAUGAGUGACGUCUGUGAGCUUUUUUUAACAAUCUAAGUGUGUGAAAUAAAUCAGAAGAAAAUCCGAGCUGCAGUUUCUGAUCACACUCUGAUAUUUCUUCACUGUGGGAACAUCUGAUUUGAUGCACAGCCUAUGACUCCACAUGCUUUUAUAACACAUCCAGGAAUUUCCAGUUAAGUGAAUUUUUCAUAUAUUGUUGAAAACAGAAGCUUCAGUCUGCUGUGACUUCUUUAUAAUUCAGUAAAACAUGAAGCUUAAACUUGGAGGACGAACUCUGUUUAACUUGACGUCACUGCGGUCCGUAAAAGCCCGCCCCUCUGAACCAGCGACCACAAUCCUUCCACUCUGUUCUCCACAGAAAGUUUAACUUACAUCUAAAAUACAAAAACGUCAAUCCAAUAAGGUUAGCUUGACUGAUCUGUGGGAAAGUCUUUGUCUACGAGGAUCUGAUUUGGAAGAUACAAAUAUUUUGACAUCCACACAUGAACAUCCGUCCAUAAACACACAAAAAUACUCCGACAUAAACAACAACAGUGUCGUCCUUCUGAGAGCUAGUUCAGACAGGUCAGUCAGGCUGCAAUGAUUUUACACUUUCAUGAACGUCAGAUAAAGACACCUCCUCAUCUUCUCCAGCAUCCUCCUCUGGCCCCCUAGUGGCUGUAAGUGGGAAUGCAGGUUUCCGACACGUCCACACUCACUUCCCUGCUGAUAAAUCUCUUCUUCAAUCUUUUAUAUUUUUUAAUAAAGCAAAGAUGCAGAAAAACAUGAACAUAUCAGCGUUUUCUAUCCGGCUGAGCCUCUUACUGGUUCCACAGUCGGAUUAAAUCAGCUGAUUAAUUAAUGUUCCUCCAUCAAACUCGUGUUUAAUUCUCUGCAGCUGCAUUUAAAUUUCAUCUCUUAUUAACAUUUCCGUUUCAUAAACGUCAAUGCUCAUUAAAUACAGACGACUACAGCUGUUAAACGAAUGUGUCAGAUAUAUUUAAUCAACAUUUCUGUUAUUCCUGAGUCACGGGUUCGUUCGUUCUUUAUUCUGAGGAUUGAAAAAGUUUAAGAUUGAAUGCUUGGAGUUGUUUGGAGUGGUUUUAUUCUAAUUAAAUAUUGUUUGUCGAGGUAAAUCAAAUAUAAUUCAAUUAUCGACCUGAAGAAAAUUAAGUGUUUUUUUGUCCUUUUACUCUCUUUGUUUCUAAACAGGGGAUGUACAUCAAAUCCACCUACGACGGCCUCCAUGUCAUCACAGGAACCACUGAAGGGGUGAGUUUUUAUAUGUUAUCAUGACAUAGUUUAUUUUUAAUGAGUUAAAUCUGUUUGAUUUUAUUAAAACUGUUAAUUUUUUUAAAAGAUUUUAUUUAUUAAAAUUUAUUAAAAUUUGAAUAAAUCUGUUACUCUGAAAACAAUUAAAUUUAAUCAUUUAUAAAACACAUAAAAUAGUUUAAAUAUGACGAGUUAUGGAUUAAUUUAGUGAAAAUUUAUGAGACAGAAACAAGAAAUCUAUAUUAAUUAUUCUAAACAUAUUGGGUUGAUUGGUUUUAUGACAUAAAUCUCAUUUUUAAUUGUUUCAUUUUUAUUUUACUGACAAAUAUGAAGCACAUAAAGUUUAUUGGCCUUUUUAUGUUAAAUCUAAGAAAUUCAAAUGGAUGAAAAUUCUGUUUAUGAUGAGGCCGAAAUAUUUCUCUGAGUGUUUUAACUUUUCAUACUCGCCUUAUUAGCUUAGCUCGGACACUUAAAUCUCAGCACAAACUACAAAAAUGAAAGAAAAGUUCAUUUUUCUUGGAUUUGUAUUUUCUGUGCCGUAAAUUUCAUGUUGGAUGGAUUUACACGUUUUUUGAAAACUCAAUUAGAUAAGCUAUUCCUUUAAUAGUUCCACUGGUGGAUAUCCUUAAUUACAGCAGCAUAAAUAAGAAAACUUGAAGUUAAAGAAAAAAGAUAUGUACAUGAAUCUUAUUUACAAUAUACAUGUGUACAGAUUAUACAUAUAAAUCAGACGGUUUAAAAACAUUCAGAACCACAUCGACAUAACGCCACACUCCUUUCCAGAGUCGAACCGCAGAAGUAUAUAAAGUUUUAGAACCUCCGUCAUGAUCCAGGACGACCCGAAAUCAACUCCCAGAGAGCCGUAUCUCUAACACGCUCAAACUUCCUCCUACAAACACCAGUAAACAGAAUUUCCCAGCAUGCCCGGUCCUUCAUGGAUAUCAGAGACGUUUCUUUCUGAGAACAUCUCCAGAACUGAACAUCAGGAUUCAGAGCGGCGGAUCAGAUUCCUCUGAGACGCUCCUCCUCCUGUUGUUGUUGUUGUAUUAUAGAGCGCUGAAGUACACUUGGUCGGACAGCUGGGCCACAUGGGCUCGCUCGGAUCAAUACGCUCAGAUCAAUUCAUAGUCAUCUGGUUUUCUUUCUGUCUCUCCUCCCUCGCUCGCUCGCUCAAGUCCCCGGCCGACCGCUGUAAGAAGAUCCACGCGGGAGAUGAAGUCAUCCAAGUCAAUCACCAGACGGUGGUGGGUCUCCGACUUCUCUUUGUGUGUCUGUGUACGACUGUGUGUGAGCUUUGUGUUCAUUCAGUACCCUGUAGAUUUAGUCUGUGAGUGUGUGUGUGUGUGUGUGUGAGUGUGUAGAAGAAGUGUACAGGUGAAUAUGCAGGUUAUGAAACAGGAAGUUAAAGUAUCUCCUUCAUUGUGUUUGAUACGACCCCUUAUCACAUUCAUUCAUGUAUUUUUAACUGAAGCGCCAUAUUAAAUAUUAAAUAUUCUGAAAUGAUGUUAUUGUGAGAUUUCAGAAAAGCAAACAAACAGUCAAACUGACGUCAGGAGAGACAAGCUCUUUGACCCUUUAAGCAGAAUAUAUCAUGCUUUUAUUUUGGUGAUCUUUCAGCCGUGUGUUCAGGUUGCUUUUAUUUUGAAGUUUGCUGAUAGUUGGUAGAUUUUUAAGUUACAAAACUGAAUAAAAAAGUUUAAAAGAGCAGAAACCUGAAGAGGGAAACAUGUUAAAGAGACUCUGGUGGACUUUUGGAUAUUCCGGCAUGAAUUGAAGUUAAGGUCAAACACACAUAACAUCAAAAUAAACCCCCCCUCCAGAGAUGAAUGUUGUCGACCGCUUGCUUCUCUAGUUAUACCAACUUUAGUAACGACCGCAGGAUAGAAAUACAGAGAGCCACGCCCUCAACCAAAACGCCACUCUGUAGCCACAAAUAAUGCUCAGAACAGCACCUAACUUCAUCAACAGGACAUAUAGGGUCACAGACAUAGUACUAGACACCAAACAUCUUUUUAACUUUGACUCAUUUCUUUAGCAAAGAGACUAAACACAACUCACCUACUCUCUUCCAGCAGACGCUUGUUUGUAGCGAGACCUCAGACCAGUCCAUUACGGACUACAGCGGGGUGCCGCAGCUCAAGGAAGAACAUUUAUGAUAAUUUCUUUAUCAUUUCCUUGAAGUAAUAAUCACCAUAUUAAUCGUUUUGCACUUGUGGAAAAUCAAUAUUUAAUGUUACUAAAAGAAGAUUGUUAGUAACACCGGUAUACUGCGAGCUAGUUAGAAGAGGAAGUGGCAUAAAAAGGUCCGGGCUGUUAUCGUGUUUGUUUGAAAGUUUGUUCGUUUUUACUGCUGGACACACAUUUCAGCUUCUCACUCACUUGUUUGUUGAUUGUUUUGGUAACAUGACCUUAAAAGUCAAAGAGCUAAAAUGGUGUAAAUUGUAAAUAGAUAAAUUCUUACACGUGUAAACAGAGACGAGACAGCCGUCCAUUUAAAAUCACCUCACUGAGCUUUAACCUGACGUGAUUCACCUCAAUACCUUCAGGUGGACAGAUCAGCUUUAACCCUUUAAUGACUUUUAUAUCAUAUUUGAUCCUUUUAUUUACUUCUAUCAAAUCAAUAUGAUCAACAAAUGACUAAAAAAACACCUGAAUACAGUCCAAUAAAUGAUAAAAAUGUCCUCUUGUAGUUUAUCAGUUUCCAAAAACUUUUAAUGGAUCAAAAGAGAUAAAAAAUAUAUAUUUGUUGAAUUUUAUGGAAGUUUUGAUUUUUUGUGUUUUCAGUAUUAAGUAUAAUAAAAAUUUCAGCUCCAAAAUAUUUAAGUUUUCUGGCCAUAAUUUGUGGUUUCAGGCGUUAAAGAGUUUCCAGCGAUGUUACGAUGCUGUCGUUUUUACAGCUGUGUCCAAAAAUCUGUCAGUUCAAGUUAAAAAAGGAUAAAAAAAGGAAAACUCACAGUCUCGUUUUUGUUUUGGGAUAAACUCAGAGUCUGUUUCCAAGUCUUUGUAAAUUAACCUCCUUCAGUUCAAACCAGAUUCAUCGAUAAGUCCUGAUCUUUGGCGUUGGGAUAACUCGCCCUUUACUUUCACCGGGCGCCAGCGUGGACAGCACACGUCCAAUUAGUGUAAUCACAUCCUCUAACCUUCUCUCCACCUCCUGUUCAUCACGGCCAGAUCUCAGGACGAUUCAGUUAAUGCAGUUUAGAUAAUUAAUCGUGUUUGUCUCUAAUUAGAAAGUUUCUCCCGACGAGCAGAAGAGCAGAAGUUCGUGCUGAAAGUUUUCGAUUUCUCCUUUUUCGCUCUUUCACAAAGUGCUGUCUCUAAAAGCACAGAAAGCCUUAUGAUAAGAUGCAUUUGUUUUCAAAUUGAGGGCAGGUUACAUCACAUAAAAGCUCUAUAGAUAGACUCACCACCUCCACACCCACUUGCCUCGCUCAGGAGGCUCAACAAGAGAGAGCUCCAAUCACGAUUCAAACUACAGGCAGAGAGAGAGAGAAAGAAAGAAAAGUCUGUUUUUGUGGAGUUGAUUUUUCCAGAUGGAAAAUAAUCAUCAUCUCUGACCUUUUGUGCUCAACCGUCUACAGGUGGGCUGGCAGUUACGUAACCUGGUCGGCUCACUGAGGGCCGAUAAAGGCGUCGUGUCCCUGACCCUGAAGAAGCGUCCACAGAGCACGCUCAGCUCCGCCCCUGCGCUGCUGAAGAACAUGCGCUGGAAACCCCUGGCUCUGCAGGUGGGACCGGCUCUACCUUUUAUAGACUUUAUUAAAGCGCUGCGCCGGCCCACAUAAUCCCCCACGGCAUUCCCACUCUCCCUGUACGGCGGCGGGCAAAGCGUGUAAUUAGGUCAGGUUACUGUGGCUCAGCGGGGUUUUUGUUUGCCGGCUCGAACGCGCCGGAGCGAACGGGACGUGGGGAAAUUGAUGACACCCUCCACCCACAAUCCCAGAGCGGCAGGAAUUAUGAAAUCUGCUUCUCUAAUUAGCGGCGUUUAUCUGCACGAACAGCAGGAAGCACAAAGGAAAACAGUUUUUCUCGGCCCCCCGUCCCUGAAGUCAUCACUCAUUUAGGAGCGUUUCGGCUUUUUACGACUUUUUGAGCCACACAUUUGAUUUGAAAACACUUCGGAGGAGUUAGACGACGUAAUCGUUCUCUGUUUGACGCAGUUUCCUGAAGUUUGUGAUCUGUUGUUUGGUAACUCCUGGGAGGUCGAGGUUAUCUUAGGGCUGUAUCUUAGUCCAGUUGUCCUUUCCAUGUAGGGCUGCACGAUUAACUUCCAGGCCACCGUAGGCUCCCCCUUCCUCCCCAGUUCCCACACACACCAGUGUAAACAAACAUGGCGUUUGCAAAAGAAGGCGAUAAUUUCGUGGUUAAAUAGGACAAGAGCGAGUCAGUCGUGUGGAAUUGGUACGACUUCGCAAUUCCCCGCUGCAAAGUCUGUCAGAAGGCGGUAUCAACCCGUCAACACGGAAACAAACUCAAGAGUAAACGCUAAAGUUGUUUGUCGUAUCGGCGUUUCAGGUGACUUUUUGAAAACGGGUCAAAGGCUACGUUCACACUGCAGGUCAAUUCCGAUUUUUUAUCCAUCGGAUAUUUAAAUCAGAUAUGUAUCCGAUGUGACUGCAGUGUGGACGCUCAGGUCGCGUUUAUCCGACCUAAACGUCGUCAAUAUGCGACAAACGUCACCAUUGUUCAACAACACAAACAGGCACGGAAAGAUAUUUGUGCUUUGUGUGCAUGCGGGUCACUUCAUGGACGCAUUCGUUGUUGUUAUGUGAACGAACGCACAAAAAGAUCGGAUUUGACACAAUAUCCGAAUUGUGCAUCAGAACCUGCAGAGUGACCGUAGCCGAAGAGCGCAUAAAUUCGUAAACGACGACCAUUUUGUGGAUGUCUAUCUGCAUCUCUGGAGACGAUCAUGUGACACACAGCGUGACUCUUUUAUUGCGCCUGCGCAAAUUUUUUUUUGUUGGAUGGUAGGGGAAAGUCCCGCCUCCUUCGCCUCUGAUUGGCUAGAAAAGCUGGUAGCAUCGUCACACGCUCAAGCCAAGCGCAGCUCUGUACAUUGAACAGAACAUUACAGAACAUAAUCGCAAUUCUGAAUCUCCUAAUCCGACAGACGAUGACCUUUUUACAGUCAUAAGGAAUAACCAAUCAGAGCCCAGCACUUCCAGCCAAUCACAGGCGAAGGAGGGCGGGACCUUCUCCUUCCAUCCUACAAUUAAAAAUAUCGCUGUCUGAGUGUUUCCGAUCAAAACAACCUUUAUACUCAUGCUCUGUACUCUUCUUCUGUCUUUUGUGCAUUUCCUGUGCGGCGUUACAGCGCCACUUACUGGCUUGGCAUAUGCACUACAUCUUUUUCGUGGUUUUGUUUUGAGAGAUGAGAGAAAGUUUGAAUAAAAAAUCGAAAGAGGAGUUUUUAGGGAGAAAAAUCUGGAUUUUAUUUCUGGCCAAAACCGUGCAGCUCUAGGUUAUCUACGUAUUAAUGUUUUAAAUGGCAACGAUUUGUAACGCACGAUCCAAGCAUUUACAAGACAAAAUCAAAAAGGGAGGUAUCUGUCUGUCACCAGGGGGCGCCAAAUUUAACAUGAACUAAAAAAACCACGUAUUUUCUCACUUAACAAGAAGAAGAAAUAAUGUAAAUAAUAACGAUAUUCUUAUUUUUCCUCAGCCAACAAGAAGCCCCGGCAGCAGCUCGGCCACACCCUCAGGCACGCCCACCAAAAACUCCGCCCUGCAGGAUCUGCACAUCCCUCCUCCGCCCUCCGAGCCGUACACGCCCAGGUACGCUGAUUUUCUCUGUCCAUCUUCGACGAUGAAAACUCAGUUGAUACCGAAUAACAACCACCUGCCUCCGCCUCUGCCGCAGAGAUGACACCGGAGCCCUGUCGGGAGACGAGGCGUCUCGUAACCACGGUGGCGUCAGCAUCGCCAAGCGCUCUGAGUCACCGAACUCCUUCCUGGAUCAAGAGACUCGCCGGCGAGAAGAGGACGAGCCCGUUUACUGCACCACACCAACUUAUGGUACCCUCCUCUGAAGUGUUUUUGUGUUUUCUGAGAGAGAGAGGAGAGAGGAGAGAGGAGGGAGGAGGGAUCGGGUUCAAUCUCAUUCUGCCGUAUUGAACCACUUCAGAAACAAUCAGGAGUGCAGGAGUCCAUCUGUUAGCCUCAGGCGGUAAAUAAAAAAGUUUUGGAGAGCGAGGGAGCCCUGAAAUUUUUGGAGAAUAAAUCAGGACUCUGUCUGCGAGAGCCUGAAUAUCAGUUUUCAGAUCAUAAAAACGACUCUGGGGAGAAUUUCACAAAGACGGCGCUAACAUAGAUAUUAGAGGAGCUUAUUGAGUCGUCUGUACGGAGGGGUGAAGAGGAUGAGAAGAGGAGGAGUGAUGGAAAAAACUGAAGGAGAGGAGGAUAAGAGAGAUAAAAGAGGGAUGGAGAGAUUAAGAGGAGGGUUUGAGAGUCAAAGGUCGAGGAUGAAGAAAGAUAAUUUGGUCCCGAGGUUGAGAAGAUGGAUGGAUCAGGUAGAAAGAAGAAAUGGUGAAGGCUGAGUGAAGGAUGACACCAUGAGUCAGGUGUUACUGAAUGAAGGGAUUAAGGGAGGAGGCGAGGGUGAGAGAUGAUGGUGUAAGAGGAAAAGGUCAAGAGAUGAAGGGAUAACAGUGAGGUUACAGGUGGAGAUGGAGAGAUGGAAAAGAGGGUUAGGGUUGGAUCAGGUCAAGGUUGAUUCUGUUCAACAUGAGCAGCAGGACGUCACGUUUGGUGAGCCGGCCAGGAGAGUGAAAAAGUGACUGAGGGUGAAAAAAAGAGGGAAAUAUUGAGAGACGAUGAGAGGAUGAGCGUGAACCCCAAUUUUGGCGUCUAAAAACUUUUCACUUGUUCGUCUCCGCCCGUUUGCAUGGUGUGAAAUAUGAUCCUCCUGAGACUGGAUGUUUUAUUUUGAAAAGAAGCCGGCUGUUUUAUUUUGUGUCUGUGCCCGACUUCCUUUCCAGCACGGGUUAAUCUGUGCUGAAUUUAUCCGCCAUGCUCCGGCGUCCAGAAAAAAUAGAACUCUUGUGAUCAGCUGAGGAGUCCGGCGAUCCCCAGAGGAACGGAAAGAAGUCGGUGUAAAUUGACACGUUAACUUGAAUGUUUACGAUCAGCUACGAUCGGAGGAUACGACCUUUUAGUAGUCGGGUUAGUGUUAAGGAAUUUAGGGAUGGAGGGAAGAAGAUAAAGCUCGGCGUCUUCUCAUACCUCUCGCAAAGAUCCCUCUCCUGAUGUCUUCCCGCUUUUCUUCUGUGCAAUAAUUCAACUUCUGCAUGACAAAUAUCGGCUUCAACUUAAACUCAGUUGCCGUGGUAACCUUUGUGGAAUUGAAAACUGGCGAUAUGACGAGCUUGGACGUCCCAUUCCCAUUGGGCACACGGUGAAGGUCUGACGGAGAAGUAAGAGAUAAAGUCGUGGAGAGUUAAGAUACGGAUGAAGUUCUGAGUUAGUGAGACCUGAGGUGGACCGAUCAGGGUCAGAAGAUCAGGGGAUCAGAGUAAGGUCCUGGAUUAGGGGACUACAGUGUGUAGGGGGGUAAAGGUCAAGGUCGAGAAAUGGAGUAAAAAGAUGGUCAUUGUUUGAGGGGUGUUCUUGUGAUCCUGAAUAAGGUUAUUAGACCCAUACUUGACGUUUCAUAAGUGUGUGUGUGUGUGUGUGUGUGUGUGUGUGUGUGUGUGUGUGUGUGUGUGUGUGUGUGUGUGUGCGCAUGCUUGUAGGCAGGCUGAGGCCCAUCUCCAUGCCUGUGGAGUGCAGCUGGGUGGGCGACUAUGAAGAUCCAGCCAAGCUGAACAGAGAGAGCCGCAGAGGUGAGCGCCGGCGUGUGGAGCGCAUGUGUGUGUGUGUGUGUGUGUGUGUGUGUGUGUGUGUGUAUGUGUGUGUGUGCGUGUGCGUGUGUGUGUGCGUCCUAAAGAGCGCGUUAGAUUCAGUUAAAUGUUCCCGUCUCUCUGAAUUACCCAGAGAUCAGUGUGUGCGAACAGAUCAAUGCGCCUCCAUCUCUUCCUCUAAUUCUCCCUGUGAUUAGCAUCACAGAGGGAUGAAAUGAGAGGGAAGAGAAGACAAGGGGGAGAAAGAGAGAGAGAGAGAGAGAAUGAAAGGAGAGAGAAUAAAGGAGGCAGAGAGAGAGGAAAAGAGGGAAGAGAGGAGGCAGAAACUAGGAAAAAAAAAAAGACUAUUCUCCCUGACCUCCACCUGAAUCACUCACGCAGUUGCUAUGGAGACGCUGACAGCAGCUCUUCUCGGUGUCUCAUUUUCCUCCGGCCGCUGCCUAGCAACCAGGGGAGGACAGAGUGGAGAGAGGUAGAAAGAGAGAGAGAGAGAGGUGAGUUUCCUCCCCUGGUAGAGAAGGAAGUUAGCUGUAAAACAAUGAAAGAGAGAGAGAGAGAGAGAGAGAGAAUGACUGGAGAAGAUCUCAGUCACUCAGAAGAAUAAACGUCUUUUUUUAUCUCCUUCAUGGGAAGACGGGGUGAAGAUGUGAAACAGAAGUUACUGAUCGGAGCUGAAAUAGGAUGUUAUUAAAGGGAUAUUCCAACUUUAAAUUAAUUUAGGUUCAAACACACAGAGUUAGACCCCCCCCCCCCAGAGAUGAAUGUUGUCGACUGCUUGCUUCUCUAGUUAUACCAACUUUAGUAACGACCGCAGGAUAGCAAUACAGAGAGCCACGCCCCCAACCAAAAUGCCACUCUAUAGCCACAAAUAAUGCUCAGAACAGCACCUAACUUCAUCAACAGGACAUAUAGGGUCACAGACAUAGUACUAGACACCAAACAUCUUUUUAACUUUGACUCAUUUCUUUAGCAAAGACACUAAACACAACUCACCUACUCUCUUCCAGCAGACGCUUGUUCAUAGUGAGACCUCAGGCCAGUCCAUUACGGACUACAGCGGGGUGCCGCAGCUCAAGGAAGAACAUUUAUGAUCAUUUCUUUAUCAUUUCCUUGAAGAAAUAAUCAUCAUAUUAAUCAUUUUACAGACGCAGUAGUUCUUCUGUCUUAGCGUCUCGGUCUGAUUGUAUUUCCAUGAAGAAAUGGUCAUAAAUGUUCUUCCUUGAGCUGUGUCACCCCACUGUAGUCCUGAGGUCUUACUAUGAACAAGCGGCUGCUGGAAGAGAGUAGGUGAGUUGUGUUUAGUCUCUUUGCUAAUUUAAGACUCUAACACAGCGAUGUAAAAAUGGGCGGAUUUAUUUGUGUUUGUGUAUCCUUGAUAUUUGUCACCUGACUGAUUCGGGCUCGUUUCAUUGGCUCUUCACAGAGGCGUCACUGAUGCGUUACGUCGGGCUGUCCAGCAUGGAUGAGAGGCCCGGAUCUGACGACUACUCCUCCCACACCGCUCGGCCGGGUAAACGGUCCAAUGACACAGCUAAACGAGCCAAGAGGCGGAGCCACCACAGCCAAAGCCCCUCCCACUACAUGCUCCAGGCCAAUCAGAGAGAUUCACCACCGAGAGAGCCUCCCUCCAUUUAUCAUGUAAGCCACACGACUUCUUCUAUCUGCCUGUUUGUGACGGAUCUGUUUACAUUACCGCUCAGCAGGACCCCGAAUAACACCGCUCACAUUUGGGAUGAUUGGUGAUCACAGCAGGUGGUCGGUGUGGAUGAGUGAGCGAAACAUCAACCAGCUGCAGAGGGAGAAGGUUUAAUAUGAAGAUGAGACAAUGAGUGCAGUCAGUACGGAUGAAAACGAGUAAAAACAGUCAGUACAGAUGAAAAUAAGUAAAAACAGUCAGUACAGAUGAAAACGAGUAAAAACAGUCGGUAAAUAUGUAUGAAAAAACUCAUUCAGUCGACCUCAAAGUAACAAAACAGUUUCCUAUUCGACAGUCUGAGCAUCUAAAACACAAUAUUAUACAAAAUGAUACCAUAUAAAACAACAGUUUGAUUUGACUUGUUUAAUGUGACACGACAGAACGUGAUACGAUUCAGGAUGAUGCAGUUUUUAUACGAUCUGAUUGGAUAACGUGCUAAAUCACUCUACAGGACAAGACAAGACAAGACAUGACAUUACAUGACACAACUCGACUAAAUAAGACAUGACAUGACAAGAUCUUACACGACAUAACACAACUCAACAAUACAUGACUCGACAUGGCACAACAUGACUUAACAGGACACAACAAAACAAGACAUGAAAUGACAAUAUAUUCCACGACAUGACAUGACCUAACAAGACAUGACACAAUAAGACACAACAAGAUACGACUCGACAAGGUAGGACAUGAGAAGACAUGACAUGACACAACUCAACUAAAGACCACGACAGGACAAGACAUGACGUGACAAGAUAUUACACAAUAUGACAUGACUCAACAAGACAUGACACAACAAAAAACAAGAUACGACUCGACAAGGUCGGACAUGACAUGACAAGACAUGACAAAACAAGACAUGACUUGAUGAGACAAGAUACAACUCGACAAGAUAUGACAACAUAUGAUAGAACAUGGCAAGACACGACAUGACAAGAUACGACUCGACAAGAUAUGACAUGACGCGACACAACAUGACAAGAUAUGACAUGACAAGAUAUGACCCGCCACGAUAUGACAUGACAUGACACAACAGGACAUGACAAGACAUGACAAAACAAGACAUGAUACAACAAAACAAGAUAUGACUUGAUGUGACAAGAUACAACAUGACAAGAUACGACUCGACAAGAUACGACAAGACAUGACACCACAAGAAACAAGUCAAGAUGCAACUCGACUUGACAAGACACAACAAGUCAAUACAUGACAUGACAAGACGAGACACGACAUGUUCUGAUCGAAUAUGUUACCAUAUGAUCUGAUACGAUAAAACACAAGAAGUGAGAAAGUUAAAUAUGAAGAUGAGACGAUGAAAAUAGUCAGUACAGAUGAAAACCAGUGAAAACAGUCGGUAAAAAUCACUGUGACUUUCUUAUCCUGACUGUACCUCUGAAAUGGACAAAAACAUAAAAAAAACAGAAGAAGAAGAAGAAGAGCGUCAUUGAUGGCGACCCAAAAAUGUCAGAGACGUUUAACAAAUAAUUUGAUUGACAGGUGAAGAGCAGAAACAGAGAUUAUGUAACUCCUCGCCGAGAGAAGAGCGAGGUUAGAUCUGGAAGUGUGAAAAAAAACAGAAGAACUCGGAGUACCUGGAGUUUCAGGUGGUAGCAGCAAGAUUGCAUGAUCUGGUUACGUAAUCUUGAUCAAACACUAAUAUAAAAGUCCUCAGACCUGCUCCUCUAACACUGUAGAGUUCAAUAAACCCGCCUCCUCUCUGCUUUGUUUGGACUCAGAGAUUAGUGAGGAGGUGGAGGAGGAGGCGUUUGAGCUUUACCCCCUGAUGAAAAGUCACUGUAGUGUGAUCUGAGGGAACGCUGACUCGUUAUUACCCCCCCGUCACUUCCAUGACAUCCGCUCGCCCUGCCUGUCUGUCUGCGCUCCGGUCCAGACACUCUGUUCGGCCGGCGGUGACCUUAUACGUCCUGACAGCGUCUCUUUGCAAAUUAAAUGAGUUAGCAUGCGAGUGAGUGAGCGAGUGUGUGUUUACAGUGCGCCCGGCUGCUGCGUUGGCAGAUGGCGUGUCAGUGGGCGUGGGCGGUCCCAUGUCAUCUGUCUUGCUGAGCGUGGGGAUGUGAGUGGCCGAGCUCCAGGCUGUGACACGUGUAAUUUGGUGACAUCAGAGCUGGUGCUUCGCUCCAGCUGACCCGUCCAGCGAGGUCACGUCUCAGAGACGUCGCUCCGGAUCAGGAGGUGGACGAGGAUCUGCUCCUCUGUCAGAUCAGGACUCACUGACACUUUUACACCCAGAGGACUCGAAGUUGACCGAGACUCUGAAACAGAGAACUGUCCCCCUAUGGGCUCACAGAGGGGACCGGUCUGUGGAUCUGCUGGGGUAUUAUUAAAGGGAUAUUCCGGCGUAAAAUUAAUUUAGGGUCAAACACACCGUAACACCGAGUUAGACCCCCUCUCCAGAGAUGAAUGUUGCCAACUACAGCGAGGUGCCGCAGCUCAAGGAAGAACAUUUAUGAUCAUUUCCUUGAAGUAAUAAUCAUCAUAUUAAUCAUUUUACAGACGCGGUAGUUCUUCUGUCUUAGCGUCUCGGUCUGAUUGUAUUUUCAUGAAGAAAUGAUCAUAAAUGUUCUUCCUUGAGCUGCGGCACCCCGCUGUAGUCCGUACUGGACUGGCCUGAGGUCUCUCUACAAACAAGUGUCUGCUGGAAGAGAGUAGGUGAGUUGUGUUUAGUCUCUUUGCUAAAGAAAUGAGUCAAAGUUAAAAAGAUGUUUGGUGUCUAGUACUAUGUCUGUGACCCUAUAUGUCCUGUUGAUGAAGUUAGGUGCUGUUCUGAGCAUUAUUUGUGGCUAUAGAGUGGCGUUUUGGAUCAGGUUGUGUAUUGCUAUCGUGCGGUCAUUACUAAAGUUGGUAUAACUAGAGAAGCAAGCGGUCUGUGUUAUUGUGUGUUUGACUCUAACUUAAUUUUACGCCGGAAUAUCCUUUUAAUCAGCUGAUCAGAGUUAAAGUUUCCAGUCCGCCUCGAUCGUUUCAUUAAACCUUUUUUUCCCUGUUGUGGUUCUGACCGGUCCUGCUGAGCUGCAGUUCUUGAAUGGAUCUAGUAAAAACAGUCUCUCAGGUUCUGAUCCACCUUUUCAGUCUGAGGCCUCAACUACACGAAUGCGGAUAUAUUUCAAACCGCACAUAUUUAUGUCCGAUUAGGCCUCCCUACCACGCCAAAACGGGAGUUUGGAGCACUCAAACCGGAUAAAUCUGAAUCCGGAAAAACAAGUGGAGAAAUAAAAAAAUAUCUGUAGUGGAUUCGUGUGGUUGGACUUUUACGGAUCGAUGACAUCAAACCGCAGCUCGCGCAUGUGAAUUAAAAAGAAAAACAACAACAACGAUGGCGGACAGACAGGGUAUUCUUUACGUUUGUUUCGCUCUUUUGGGGCUAAUUUCAGCCUUUCAAGUGAACCUUGUUUUAUACAAUUACAUCCACCAGUCAGCAGCUCACAGAGGCGUCUGCUGCGGCCAAUACUUUUAUUGGUCACAUGGUCCGUCACAUGGACCCGACGCACUAGCGUAGCUUCCGCAAACAAUGCAUGACACAUCACGCUGUUACGAUUCAUCGGCCAAUCAGGUAGCUUUGUUCCUGAAUUUUUUUUUAAGCGGCACCAGAUAGGAUUGAGUUUGAAGGCUAUGUGUGGACGCAGAUAUUUCUGAGAACUAACACGUGUGGACAGAUACAUUUAUUUAGACGGCAGUACAAAAAUAUCCUGAUAAAUAAAUAUCUAUAUACGUGUAGUCCGGGCCUGAGACCUUGAAAACUUCUCCGUUUCAUGUUUGUCCUUUUUGUAAAAUCUCUGCCAAUCCCAGAGGCCCUCGGCUCCUAUUUUCCCUCCUGUCCUCUGUCACCUCUGAAGUCCUGCAGUUCCUCCUGCGGUCCCUCCUGCGGUCCCCCCGUCACCCCUCCUCUGGCCCCGCCUCUUUGUUCUAUGUUUAGAGGUGUGAAAGGUGCUCCAGUCCUCCACGAGGGCGCCUCUUCGUCUGUGUGUGUUUAUGUGUUUGUGAAAAUGAGAUAAUAAGAGGAGGACAGUUUCCCUCUUUAUCUCUGCUCCUUCUGUGCGCCUCCUCUCCUCCACUUCCUAAGAUCUGUCAUCUCCAAUAUCCCAGGAUCCUUUGCAGCAAUGAAAGGCCACUGAUUCAUCCUGACAGCCCCGUCUCUCUCUCUCUCUCUCUCUCUCUCUCUCAGACAUACCAGCAGUCCACCACCUCAAAGACCAGGAAGAAGAAUAAAGGUAAGCCGAGACGCCACCUGUUUGGUUUCCUUUCUCUCACACGGCACAUGUAAAGCAGGAGCCGCCGCCGCCGUCACGGCCCAGCACUCGCCAGUCGCGGUCACUCACUCAUUCGCUCUCUCAGGGACGCCGAGUUAAUGGGCUUUGUGCAGAAAAGUGAGUGCAGCUGCUGCUUCAGUUCGACUAAUUAUCUUUUCAAAACUUCAUUUCAAGCUUCUGCAACUUUCGACUCAUUUCAGGUCUAAUUGUUCAGAAAAAACGCAAAUUAAGCAACUUGCAACUCAGUCGUUUCUCACACCACUAAAUUUUAAGAAGCUCCUGUUCGUUAGUAAUUUGGUUUGUGUCUGUUUUGGCGCCCCCUGUGGACAAGGCGAUCACUUAUCUUUUAGCUGAUUUAAUUUAGUUUAUGCAUACGUGGCAACAGUCUAGACUCUCUUAAACCUGAAGGUGUUAUUUUAGUUAAUUCUUUUAUAUCUUUAUGCAAUCAACUCCAAAUUUAGCAACUUUAACAUGUUUCAAAAACUUUAAAAUUUCACACGUGCGAAAGGUUAGGGGAAAAAAUUUUGAUUUUUGAUGCAUGAUUCCUCCAACAACUUUGGCCUUAUAUCGUUUCUCUGCUGAAGACCUGACUCGACUUGACAACCUAUGACAAGACAAGACAUGGCAAGACACGAUAAAACACGACAUGACAUGACAUGACAUGACUCAACUUGACAACCCAUGACAAGACAAAUGUUUCGACUUGACAAGACACGAUAAAAUACGAUGUAACAUAACAUGACAUGGCUUCACUUGACAAGACACGACUCAACAAGACAAGACCUGACUCGAUUUGACAAGACACGAUAAAACAGGAUAUGACAUGACAUGACACGAUACAACAAGAUACAAAUCAACCUGACAAGACACGACAUAACUUGACAUUACAUCACAUCACAUCACAAGAAUGGCAAGAAUUGAUACAACUAGACUUGACAAGACAAGACUCAACACGGCAUGACUCUGCUCAACUUGACAAGACACGACACAACUCUACAAGACAUGACUCAAGACACAACAAGACAUGACAUGACAUGACACAACAGGACUACAGAAGACAUCACUCAACCCGACAAGACAAGGCACGAUAUUUUGUGAUGGAAUAUGUUAUUAUAUGAUCUGAUUUGAUAAGACACAGGAAACAUGAUUAGGUUUGAUUUGAUGGUAUUCAAUAUGACACGACAUACAGUAUAAUACUGGUCAUUUAUACGGGCAUCAGUUCUUAUUUUACCUGUUUCAUAAUGAACCAAAAACUUCCUUACUGGAGCUUUAAAUUAAUCAGCCACACAUUGUUGAAUCUUACUUUUGGAAGCAUGUUUCCCUGUUUUCUAUUCGUCUGUUUACAAAUCCAGACAUGAUUCUUCCGACCACUUCAACCUUGUUUCAUUUCUCUGCAAGUUUAAUUUCCUCACUGUUGAAUCAAAGAUGUCGGUUUCAUUUUGGACCCCGGAGUUUCUGCCGACUUCAUCAUCAUCAUGUGUGUCGAUGAUCGUUUGAGCUGAAUGUCAGAGCAGCCUCCUCAUGUACGUCGUUCUGGAGUGAAGCUCUGCCUGCCAAAUGAUGUAACAAUAAGCAAACCCGUUUCUUAUGGAGGAGGGAGACUUGUCUAUCCUGUUGAUGUGGAGAUUAUUAAUAUAAUAUUAAUAUUAUUUAUAUAACCAACCUUUAUCACUGAUGGAUCAUUUAUGAAUUUAUGUAGAAACUCGUUCAGUAAAAACCCACAAAGUAAAAAAACCCUUUUACUGUUCAUCAGUCUGAGAAUCUAAAACACAAAACAACACAAUAUGAUCGUACAAUACAACAUGUUACCUCAUAAUACUAUAUGUUAUCACAUGAUUUGACUUGGUGUGAUAUGACACAACACAACAGAACAUGAUAUGAUUUUGUAUGACGCUUUUCUAUACCAUCUGAUUAGCUACCGUACCAUACCAGGAUUCGACAUGACAAGACAUGACGGGACAUUACAUGAUGUGACAUGACAUGACUUGACAAGACAUGACUCCAUGGGACAAGAAAAGACAUUACACGGCUCAACAGGGCAAGAUACAACUCGACUUGACAAGACACAACUCAACAAGACAUGACAUGACAGGACACAAAACGGCACAACAUGACAUGACAUAUCAUGCCUUGUUGAGUCAUGCGAUGUCUUGCCAUGACACGACUCGACUUGACGAGUUACGACUCGACAAGCCAUGACUCGACAAGACAUGACUCGACAAGACAUGACAUGUCAUGAGAUGACUCUACUUAACGAGACAUAACUCGACAAGACACGAAUCGACAAGACAUGACAAGACAUGACUUGACAAGACACGACUAAACAAGACAUGACAUGACAAGACACAACAUGGCACGUCAUUACAUGACAUGACUCGACAAGGCAUGACAUGACAUGACUCAACUUCACUAGACACAACUCCACAUGACAUGACAUGGCAAGACAUGAGUCGACAAGACAUGACAUCACAUUACAGGAUGUGACGUGACAUGACACGACUCGACUUGACAAGACUAGACUCCACAUGACAAGAAAAGACAUUACACGGCUCAACAAGACAAGACACGACUCAACUUGACAAGACGUGGCAAGACACGACAAGACACAACACAGCACGACAUUAUAUGACAUGACAUGGCAUGACUCAAGAAGGCAUAACAUGACACGACUUGACGAGUCACGACUCGACAAGACAUGACUCGAGAAGACAUGACAUGACAUGACAUGAGGCGUCAUAACUUGACAAGACACGACUAGACAAGACAUGACAUGACUCGAUUUGACAUGACAUGACUGGACUUGACAUGGUAAGACACAACUAGACAAGACACGACUCGACAAGAGUUGACACAACAAGACAUGACAAGACACAACACGUUAUGAUGCUGUACGUUACCAUAUGAUUUGAUUUAAGAUGCAAGAAACACAAGAUUUGAUUUGAUACAAUUCGCUACAGUAAAAGAGGACACAGUGUAAUCCUUAUGGUGCCAUACAGUAUAGUUUAGUAAGUAGUAUAUGACCAUAUGGUUCAAUACAACACAGUAUGAUAAGAAAGCAUGUGCUUUGACAUAAUACUAAAGAUGACACUUUGUGAUGUGACACGAUAAGAAUCUACAGAACAGUGAUAAAGUGUUGUAACUCUGAGCUGCUAGAAUACAGAAUAAUAUGAAAUGUUGUGACAGAAGACGACACAACCUCCUGCUGAAAGUACAAUAAAAGCUCCGUCUCUGAAAAACUCCUUAUCAAUCACAAACUCUUUAUUCCAUAUAGACGGAAACAUCAGAGCGACAGAGUUGGUAAAUCGAUGCUGUAAGAGAUGUCCGAUCAUUUUCUGCUCCCAUAGAAUAAUUGAACCCGCUCACCCUCUUUAUUUUCCUGCUGGAUUAGCAUUUUCAAACCUCAUCAUUUUUAACCGGGGAGGGGGACCGGACUGCGGCGAGGCGGUGGCGAGGCAGUGGCGAGUCGGCCUGCAUCUGGUUUGUUUAUAAUCUGCAUGUCGUCCAGAGAAGAAAAUCAGUCUGAAAUCUACUGAAUCAGCAUUUCUGCACGUCAGAGGGGCGUGACCGUAAAGAUGAAAUCACACGAGUCUGAAACCGAACCAUGACUGCAGUCUUGUUUCUUUUCUUUGAGUGUUUUUCUUUAUUCCUUUAGAAAAGUUAAAUUAAAGCCGUCCGCCCUCUCUGUAUCUCCUCGCCAUCACUGUCUUUGCCUCUUUGACCAAAUCUAUUUCGGUCUUUUCGCCACAUUAUCGAGGAUCAACAUGUUGGAAGUGAUUUUGUGUUGUUUUUUUUAUCGACAGGCCUUUCGCUUGUUUCGCCAUCUGCCAUCGUGAGAGGCUCUGAAAAUCUUCAGCUCCAUCUGCGCUUUUAUUUUUUCAGGCCGAGGAUUUGUUUGUUUACAGGAAUGAAACCAAAAGUUGGAAACUGACUGUGAUAACGUCGAGUUAUUGAUGCUUUUACACGUGCCGAGCUGAACCCUCGUCAAAGAGUUCAUAAAAAUAUGAAGAAAGACGUCAGUCCAGGGUUUUGAACUCCACAAAAUGAAGAGAAAACAGCGGAAAUGCUCUCUUUACAGUAUCAGCGCCUUAACGUGUUAAUCUAAAAUCACCUGGGAGUUAUUUUCCUUUUGUCUUUCAGGAACAGAGAGUUGUUUGUUUAGAGAUACACCACACUCUGCACUUUCUGUCUCCGCAGAAUUAAAUGGAUUAUUGAAUUACUUUCCUCUUUAAAGUCCCAAGACUUUUCAUGCAGUCAAUAAAAGUUUCUGGGCAGGCCCAAACCCGCAGCCAAGAUUCUCGGCUAAUCUCUAAUGAGGACUGCGCUGUAAAAAUAUUACGGGGCUUUUAUGCCAAAAAGAAAAGAAUAAAUUUUUAUUAAGCGCUCCCUCUGACCGUACCGCAGUGCAGCGUCUCAUCAGAGCUGGAGGAGGAGGAGGAAGAAGCUCGAGUGUGGCCAAAAAUCACAGCUACGUUUUAUUUUAGAGCUUCGAGGCUUUCGCUCAUUAGCAGGGGUGUUCUCAGGGGGUGGCCGACGGGGGCCUGGUCCCUUUCAACAGCCGGACUUUAUCACUUUGAUUCUACGGUUGCUCACAAAGGACAAACUUGUAACAUCUGCUUUUUUGUAUCUAGUGAGCAGCUGCGUGACGUGGUUGUUGUUGUUCUCUAAAGAGUUUGUGUUGACGGACAUUUUGAUCAUAAAAACUUGAAAAAAGGAGGAAAGGUGCUUAGAGUGCAGGGGUUAGCAAGGAGGCAUUCCAGGUCUUUGGGACCACUUCUGGGGAAAUUAAAGGUAUAUAGAUAUAAGAGAGAGUAGAUCCCUAACUGUGUGUAGUAGGUGUGUUUGCUGACUUUGACUCGGUGCUGUUACAGUCCACCUUUUUUUUUCCAGACCAAUUAAAUUGGAUUAACUUUUUAAAGGUAUUUAAAACUAAAACAGAUUUUUUUAACCUCUUGUAAAUGUACUGAGUUUAUUAUCUAUAGGAAUGAACGACGGAGUAUUAGGGCCACAUAAAAGAAAAAAAAUUAAGACUUCGUAAUUACUAACGAGAAUAAAGUCGUAAUAAAGUAAUUACUUAUGAGAAUAAAGUCGUAGUAAAAUCAUUAUUUAUGAGAAAAAAGUCGUAAUAAGGUUAGAAUAGCUACCAGCUACGACUUUGUUGUCAUAAGUAAUGAUUUUAUCACUACUCUAUUUUGGUAAGUAAUUGAUUUAUCGUAACAUUAUUCUCGUAAGUAAUUAAUUUAUUACGACUUUUUUCUUCUAAGUAGCGAUUUUAGUACGACCUUAUUCUCGUAAGUAAUACAUUUAUUAUGACUUCAUUUCUGUAAGUAACGAUUUUAUUACGACUUUUUAUCGUAAGUAAUUAAUUUAUUACGACUUUAUUCUUCAUAAGUAAUUCCAAUGUCUUAAUUUUUUUCCCUAAUGUGGCCCUAAUGCUCCAUCGUAGGAACGGCCUGUGAUUUAGAAAUAAAAAAACAAACAUGCUUAAGCCCCCCCUUGUCUAAAUAAGUCCCCCCGGUUUGGCCCCCCUGGCUCCAGGGUCUGGACACGCCCCUGCUCGCUCACUGGAAACAGGGAUGUGGUCGUUCUGUUCCCGCCUUAACGAAUCCUCUGUGCUGUUCCAGGUCGGAGUUUGGCCUCCCUCAGUCGGAGGCGUGUUUCCUGCAAAGCUCUGGGCCGAGGCGACUGCGAGGGCUGGCUGUGGAGGAAAAGAGACGCCAAGGGUUACUUCUCUCACAAAUGGAAGAAGUACUGGUUUGUUCUGAAGGACAACUGCCUGUACUGGUACAUCAACGAGGAGGCGAGUCCGCGUUUUACACUCUCCAUCUCCUUUUCCUCGCCUCUAUGAAGUUUAUAAAUAAUCCAGUAUCUGUAGAUUAUCUAUCAGAGAGGUAAUGAUGAUAUGAGACAAGGAACCUCUUUGUUGAAGCGGCUCUGGAGUCGAGACUUACGCUCCGAUAUCAAAGCUACAGGAUGAGUCAAAAAAACGGCUGCUGGGUGAAAAGUUGAAAGAGUUUUCAUCCUGAUUUCGGCUCAAAUUUGCAAAAAAAAGUGAAAAGUUCUUUGAGGUCUUUGAGAUGUUCGUGUCUUUAGGGAGCGUUAUGAUUUUUUUAGCCACGGGUCGUGUUUUUGGCAAGAACUGAAGUAUCUGUGGGACUCACAAACGGGCCGAAGUUUGUUUUUUAUAAACUCCACAGAGGAGCGAGGCGAACUCUGGAAAUCCUUUGAUUUAUUAUAGAUCGACUUUAAAGUUGCUUUCUUGAAUUUUCAGUGAGGGAUAGAAAUGCUUAAAAACUCAGCUGGAUCAGCAAAUAUUAGCAGACUUUGAAUUAAAUUAGAAAAUGUGAUUUUCAUUUAAUUUCAUGACGUCAAAAACUUAUUUAGAGGUUUAUUAUUUCUCUGUUUUGAAGGAUGAAAAAGCCGAGGGUUUCGUCAGUCUUCCAGAGUUUAAGAUCGACCGAGCCAGCGAAUGUCGUAAGAAAUAGUAAGUUCACUUUUUUCUCUGUUUCUGUCCAGUUUGGAUGUUUCUCCGCUCUCCUCUGUGAACUCUCACACCUCCCUUUGUCUUUUUUCAGCGCUUUCAAAGCCUGCCACCCCAAGGUGAAGAGUUUCUACUUCGCAGCAGAUGGAGUGGAUGACAUGAACAGGUAAAUCAGCGUGUGGUUAGCAUGCAUGAAGGUCACCGAGAAGGACACGCUCACUACCUGACAGUGCAGCUUCCUGUUUGAGAUCCCUAAAGCACAAAACAUAUGUGGAAAUGAAAGAUGUGUGAAGAACGUGACGUGAAAAAGAGACGCCUGAACAGAAGCUCUUCGUAUGAAUCAUGAAGCUGUCGAACAAAGAUUAAGCCGUUUAGUUUUUCUAAAACAAGAGGAAUUUUACAAGAAAUGAGUUUCUGAUAAUAAAGGUAAUACUAAAAUAAAGAUUUUAUUUACACAGACAUUAUCAUUAUAUUACCAAAUAUCAUCAAUAACUAAUAACUAUUGACUGAUAUUAGAAGAUUUUUUUAUAAAUACUCCACAAAAAAAGAUGCUUCUUUAACAGAUUUCUGCCUUUUCAAUAAUUUAAGUCUAUUUUAUCACGACCCAAAAACCCCUCAUAGCAGCUUUAAUGAGUGAGUUGCAUUCUGGGUAGUGUAGGCUGGUUGAUUUAGAUGUUUUGUGUAUUUUUCCUCAUGGGGUUUGACUCUGAACUUCCUCCUGACAGAUGGCUGAGUCGUCUGAAUCAGGCCGCUGUGGGCUACGCCGAGCGGGAGAGGAUACGCCAGGAGCAGGGUGAGAGUUUCUCCACACCUGUCUUCUUCUAACCUUUCAGGUUUCAGGUAAACGGUAAACGCCGGGUCGUUUCUGAGCACGUGUGUGGGUUUCUCUGCAGAUUACUGGAGCGAGAGUGAUCAUGAGGACGACACCACCUCCAGCCCUAAACAGGACAGUCCCCCACCUCCGUACGAUACCUACCCACGGCCUCCAUCAGUGAGUCACGCACACAUAUGACUGUACUACAAGCUCAUGCAAAGCACACGCUGUACUUGAAGGCAGAGAUCCUCCGCAGUCCGCUCGAACAGCUGAAGUCAGCGGCGCCUACGGGGAGUUGUGGGGCUAAAUCUGGUGUAAUUGAUGCUAUAAUCGUUCCUCACGCCGCUUCGCUCGUCCGUUAAUGUUGUUGUCUUUGGGCUUUUACUUUUUAGCCAGGCAACAAAGUGACAACAUAAAACAACGAGAGCUUUUCUAACACCUCCUCAGACACCAGACCAGCAGACCGCCGAGCUGUGAAGAUUCUCAGAUCCUCGUAUUUGGAGAGUCUUUGUAGUUCAGACACUCGUCUCCUCUCUGUCUCACAUACUGAUUCAAUCAUCACUCCGCCUCCUGCGCUCUGUCGCCGCGCUGGAAUCCUGUUUUCAAGAGUGUCAUAACAAAGGAGUCAGAUCAGUCCAAUCAGCUGACGUCUCCUCUCUCUCUCUCUCUCUCUCUCUCUCUCUCUUUCUCUCUCUCUUUCUCUCUCUCUCUCUCUCUCUCUCUCUCUGUCAGAUGAGCGCCUACUUGGAGGGCCGCACCACCAGACUGUCUUCCACAGAGACGUCUCGUUCUCGCUCCUCCCAGGAGGACUUCCUCUGUGGAGAACCCCCGCCAGUCGCCGCAGAGCCGCAGUACCACCCCGGUCCUCUAGGGGGAGGGACCACGCACAGUGGGAGGAAACCAGGGGGCAGCAGCAGCAGCGACGUGCAGUACAGAUGUGAUCCUGUAGAGGUGAGUCAAAGGGAUGCGUUUCUAAAUAAUCCUGGUGCUAGUCCAGGCAGGCAGUCCAACAGCAAACCCCAACACCAGCCUGAUCUCUGGUCCUGGUUUGUGGAUCUUUGCUGAUGGUCUACCUGCUUUCUUUGGUCCUGGUUUGCAGAUCUUUGCUGAUACCCUCCCUGCUCUAUUUGGUCCUGGUUUGUCCUGGUCAAACCAGGCUUUGGUCCUGGUCCUGCUUUUCUUACACUCAUCCUGCUUUAUCUGGUCCUGGUUUGUGGAUCUUUGCUGAUACUCUCCCUUCUCUCUUUGGUCCCGAAUCUUUGCUGAUGGUCUUUCUUCUCUCUUUGGUCCUGGUUUAUGGAUCUUGGAUGAUGCUCUUCCUGCCCCCUUUGGUCCUGGUUUUCGGAUCUUUGCUGAUGCUCUACCUGCUCUCUUUGGUCCUGGUCUUGCUUUUCUGACACUCUUCCUGCUUUCUUUGGUCCUGGUUUGUGGAUUUUUGCUAAUGCUCUCCCUUCUCUCAUUGGUUUUGGAUUGUGAAUCUUUGCUGAUGGUCCCCCUCGGUCUUCCUGGUUUGUGGAUCUUUGCUGAUGGUCUCCCUUCUCUCUUUGGUCCUGGUUUGUGGAUCUUUGCUUAUGCUCUCCCUGCCCUCUUUAGUCCUCGUUUGUGGAUCUUAGCUGAUGCGCCUCCUGCUGUCUUUGCUCCUGGUUUGUGGAUCUUUGCUGAUGGUCUCCCUUCUCUAUUUGGUCCUGGUCCUGCUUUUCUGAUACUCUUCCUUUCUUUGGUCCUGGUUUUCUGAUCUUUGCUGAUACUCUUCCUGCCCUCUUUGUUCCUGGUUUGUGGAUCUUUGCUGAUGCUCUCCCUUCUCUCUUUGGUCCUGAAUCUUUGCUGAUGGUCUUUCUUCUCUCUUUGUUCCUGGUUUGUGGAUCUUUGCUGAUGGUCUCCCUUCUCUCUUUGGUCCUGAAUCUUUGCUGAUGGUCUUCCUGCCCUCUUUGGUCCUGGUUUGUGGAUCUUUACUGAUGCUCUCCUGGAGGCUCAGCCGUAUCACCAAAUAAAACUGAUUCCAUUAGAGUUAAUACUUGUCUUUGUCUAAAGUGGUCCUCCUGACGGUCUUAAUUUUAAUGGUGAUGGUUUUCAGACUGUUCAGAUUCUCCUCAGCGCCCCCGUCAGGUCAACAGGUCCGUGGCUUCUUUCCAUAAUUAUGAAACGCUUCAUUUUGGACUCAUUUUGUGUUCUUGGAGUAAAAUGUCACAUUUGCACACAGAGUGGUGAUGAGAUUUAAUUGGCCCACAGUCAGCUGAUUACAUAAGGCCUUUUGAUUGUAAUGAAUUCAGAAAUGACAGGAUUUCGUCUUUUUGUCCGAAAAACAUUUACAGGAUAAAAUUCACUUUCUCUGGCACGGCUCUGCGCCGUCAUCCCAGGAUUCAUUUUGUUGUCUCGGCUUUUGUUUGGAGAAAGAUGAUUUCAGCUCAGAGUCCAGGAGAUUUAGGAUCCAAACCACUCACACAAAAUUAGAUUUUUCAAGGUUCCAGUUUCUGACCCAACAGAGUGGUGCAGACCAAAUAAGAAGAACCAGGACUGAGUAGAAGUCCAAAACCUUCAUCGUCUCACCUUUUGGUGACUCUGAGAUCUCCUGAAUGUUAAAAUAAGGUUAUUGACAUUUCUUUAUGACCGUUUUCCGUAGUACCGCUCCAGUCCUGCGGGGGGCAGCAGUGAGACAGGGUCUCCUGGACGCUCUUCCUCGUCUCAGAGACGUUCUUGGCAGGACCUGAUCGAGACGCCGCUGACAGAAGCUGGACUGCACUACCUCCAAACCGGACCGUUAGGUAACAGACAGGAAAUGAAGAUUAUUUUGUGUUUCCGAACAAACAAACAAACAAACAAACAAACAAACAAAAAUUCAAAAAAACAAACAAUCUACAUGAUCAAAUUCUUUUUUUUUUUUUUUUAAACUUUCUUUAUUGGAAGCAAUUACUCAGACAGCGACAUGUCAGGACAACGUGACAGAGAAGAAGACUUCCAUUCUAUCAUUAUUCCCUGUUUUUUUUAUCCCUCCCACAAUCCCACCCACUCAAAGAUGAACAGCUCUAUGAACCCAUAACAACAUGUAAACAGUAGAAAGUUAAAAAAAAAAACAAAUAUACGAAUAAAUACAAGAAAUAUAUAAUUAAGGAAGAUGAUAAGGUAAACAAGCAAAUGAAAUAAAAAUGUUAAAAAAAGUAAAAAAAAAAAAAAAGGAAAUAAAAUUAAUGAAAUUUUGAUAAAUAAAUAAAUAAAACAAACAGAAAGUAACACUGAUGUCGCUUUAUGAAUAUGAUCAUCAAAAUAAUAACUUAAAAUUUCUAUAAAGCUUUUGCUGGGGUUGGUGUCCGUCCUUGUUUACAUUUUUUAACGAGUUUUAAGUCAAUCAGGUGUUGAAAUAAAACAGGAUGUGAUGUCAGUGUCAUUGAACGAGGCUGACACCUGUACAGGAGGGGGGCACCAGAGUCAACACAAACUGAAAGUCACUGACAGGAGCUUUAAGGCUGAUUAUAGAGAUAUAUAUUAUUAUUAUAGAGAUUUUAUUGAUUAUAGAAACAGAUUUCUGGGAUUGAUUUCAAUAACAUCUGCUGUAGUUUUAUUGAUCAUUUGACGAGUGUUUUCGUCUUCACCCUGUAAAGACUAGAUUGAACUCCACAAGGUUAAAUGUUAAAAAAGAUGUUUUUAUAAGAAGUUAAAGUGGUUAAAACUGAAAUUUUAAAGUUAAUUUAUCACCUUCAGUUUGUCUGUUUUCUCUUCAUCUCUCUUAAAUAUAGAUAUAGAUAAUAUAAUAUGCAGGUUAUCCGGUUUGUUUUUAGAUUUUUUUAACAGCAUCUCAAAAGUGUCUUUCUUCACGUUCCAGAGGACGCCGUCUUCGCUGAACCCGGUCCAGGUGGAGGAAGCAUGAUGGCCGGCGCCGUUUACACCCUCCCCGCUCAGAGGAAUGUCCCGUUGCCUAUAGCGAUGCAGAGGCUGAUCCCUAUGGCAACCCAGGGAGGGAAACCCCGCAGCUUCACACUGCCGCGAGACAGCAACCUGCACACGCUGCUGGCACCCCCCGCCAAAGAAGAACAGCAGACACACAACGGUGAGUCCAGACGGGAACAUACAUGUGAGGUGAGACACGUGGAGACGGAGCGGAGGGAACGCCAGCAGAUGUGCGUGGGCGCGUGGGCGCGUGGGCGGACCUGAAGUAGGAGCAGAAAGAAGGAAAAGAGUGUCUCACGUUGAAUGGCGGCCUCCUGAGAUUUAAAAGAAAGGGUUUUUUUUUUUUUGAAGACGCUGACGUCGGUACAUGUGCCUGAAAUAAAAACACUCUCAGGCAGAUUUUAACACACACAUGUACACACACAGAUACACACACACACUCCAGCCAUGCGCCCAGCUAAUGAGGCUAAUGAGACAAUGAUGCACUGGUUGCCAAGGUGAACCCGGCGGCGGCGCACGAGUGGAAAGUGACAAACUAAAAGAGGAAACAGGAGCGCGAGUCGCAGACGAUGAAAUAUAAUGAAGUGUGAUUUAUUUUGAGAGGAGAGGAAAUAAAUCAUCUGCAGAGAGAGAGAGAGGAGACGAUCUGAUCACCAUCAAUUAUCUGUCAGAGACUCAAACUGGAGUGUUGUAAAAGUGCGCGCUGCUGUCCUCCGGUGGUUACUCCGAGAAAUAACGCCAUCAAACCAGAUUUAUGACUCGAGCUGAAGGUUACAGAGGGACCAUCUCACCCUCAACAAUCCCUGUUCUGGUGUUUCUGUGAAGGUGGCAGCGAGGGGGCGUCCUUGGGCGACCUGUUUCGUGCCUGCGAGCAGGGCGGAGUCUGCCCUCUCGGUCGGGAAUCGGAGGUCAAAGGCCAGUCGGAGUUCAGGCAGUCCUUCCUCAGACGAGCCGCCGACCCUCAGCUCAACGAGCGUCUGCACCGCCUCCGUAUCCUGACGUCCACGCUGAAGGUUGGUCAGCACUCAGAGACACACACAUGUGGAGGGAAAACGCAGACAGGAACACACACACAAAAACACACAAACACACAAAAACACACACAAACUUCAUUCACAUGGACUGACUCCAGGAUCCUCAGAUUCUCAGGUUUUAAUCCAUCGACCAAAAAUAUUUAUUUUCUUCUUAUCAAACUUUAUGAUCCUUUAGACCGACUCACUGCUGAUUUAAGGACCUCAAACGCUCUUAUUAACCAGGGAUGGACUGAUAUCGUUGUCCAGGGCCGAUACCGAUACGAUACUGAUACUGAUAUCAAUUAUCUCCAGUUUAUGAAAUGGAUUAGUGAAUGCAUUAAUUCUGACUUUUAAUUCAUGUUCAAUAAAAAUGAGUGUGCUGUUGGUUAAACACUUUUCAACGUUUAAAUACUUUGGUGUGUUUAUGACAUUCCCAUCACUCAGAACUCUUUAUUUACUGAUCGACAUCUCCAAAUCCCAGAAGUUUAUUGGCUGUGAUCAACGACAGGAAACAGAUUUUGAUCGUUUAAAUAUCGUCUAAACUGAAAAAAGUGAAAAUGAAACAAACUUGAUGUUGAAACUGGAGAUUUGGUUUUGAUUUUUGAAAAAUAUAACCUGAUUCUUACCCUGAUGUUUACGUCCGCUCUUCUUUAUAUCCCUUUAAUAACUCUGUGAAUGUUUGGUAACCAAGGAGACCAGUUUCUAAAGUCCUGAAAAUGAAGGUCUUCAUCUGUGCAGUAGUUCAGUUUAUUCCUUAUUUAUUAUGUCUUAAAUGCUCUCAGUGGUCCGGUCUGCAGGCGGGUCAGUUUAGUACCCAGACUCCUGUUCUGCAGAGCCGUGUCUUUUUAAUGCAUACAGGAUGUGGUCUGGUCUGGUUCUGCUGAAAUAUGCAUGGAUCUGUCUGCAUCGAUCAUUCAGGGUUCAUGUUUACCUCCCAGAUGUGUAAGAGACCAACUCCACGGGCUCUCCUGGAUCCAGAGACCACCACAGUAACCUGUUUUUGAGGCGGUUAUAAACCAGCUGUCGCCUCUUUUUUGGUCUGUGAUGUAAAAAAAAAACUCAAAAUAUGACCCACAGGACCACAAGACAGGUGUCUAGUUUGACUCAGAGCUCACAGAUAGUGGUUUUUAGAGGGAUUUCCACUACAGAGUCCCAAAAGUAAGAGUCAGUUUUCAGAUUUCUUUUACUCUGUUGGACGUUUUUCAGAAAUUUUCCAUGAAUCAACCAAAUAUCCAGUUUCAGCGUUUGUCACGUUUUCACCGUCACCCUAACCCUGUCCCCUACUCUCUCUCUCCCUCUCUCUCUCUCUCUCUCUCUCUCUCCCUCUCUGUCUCUCUCUCUCUCUCUCUCUCUCCCUCUCUCCCUCUCUCUCUCUCUCUCUCUCUCUCUCUCAUAUUUGUAUUUCUGGUGUUGUCGACUGAUGUGUGAUUUUCUCGCCUGGCUGCGUUGCAGUAAUCACGUUCACACUCGCGCUCAUCUAAAAACAUGAAAUGUGAGAGCGGGGUUAAGGAGCUGUGAUAGACCCGCAGUCUCUGCUCCUAAUGCACGCACACACACACACACACACACACACACACACACACACACACACACACACACACACACACACACUCUCACACACACAUGUUCUCACACACUCCUGCUGAUCUGUCUCGGUGUUGUUGCUCAUCUGUCCCCGUCACUUUGGUCUCUGAGUCUUCAGUCCUGACCUUGUCCCGGCUGUGCUCGGCCUCUGAUUGGCUGCUGUGAUUUCGUCUCUCCAGUUUGUAUCUUUGUCGCUUCCUCCGUUUGUUUGGCGAGGGCGUGGGCGGAGCUUUGUGGCUUAUGUCUUGAGUUUAAGUCGUUUUAUUUUAUUGUGGCGUUGGCUGCUGUGUUUGCUGAUAAAGGUCGUCUCGUGGUCGUGGUCGUGGUCGUGGUGGAGCGUCUUUGUUCGUCCUGUUUGUCGUCUCUCAAAGGAGUACACCGAGUCUUUGGGGGAGACUUUGGAGGAGAGGACGCCAGAGUCCUCCCUGGUAGACCUGAUCUUUCUUCCUCUCUGCUCCGUGUUUCCGCGCGCUCUUGCAGCAGGAAGUUUUCUGCGGUGGUUGCCGUGGAAACAACAAAGAUAUGCAUAAUUCCUCCGUAUGGAUUAUGCAUCAAAAAUUCAACCAAAACAACAAGCUGCAGCGUAGAUGAGAAAUGAUAAUGUGUACUCUCACUUCUCAUGGUGAUGCAGAACUUCUCUGCUGCUGCUGUAACCGACGGUAACGAGGACGGAGGAGAGAGACAUCGGAUCUGUUUUUAUAGAAGGAAUAAUGUGGUGAAGAAGAAUUAGAUUUAAAGUUUUAAAGAAAACAAGCUCCUUCAUGACCAAAAACCUCCUUUUGAAAAGAUAAAACCAUCAUUUUGACGACAAAUAAGAUGAAUUUAGGUCAGAUCGUGAUCCUUUUAAAGCUCCAGUAAGUAGUUUUUGACAUGAGUGAAAGACUCUCUUUAUUUAGUCGUAUUUGAUGCCCUAAACCAGUUUGCCGGGGAUUUCCACCGCAUCUGAAACAGCUCCAAUUCCAAUUCCUACCGUAUCUGUUUGUGAGGUGAAUUUCAUGGCAGAUUACAGACAGCAGGAAUCACAAGAACUCACAAGAACCCGUGGAUUCGUAAAUUUAUAAAUUUAUUUUUGUACUUUUUAAAGCUCAUACUGGUAAAUUUUGAACUUUAAGCCUCAUUUUUCUGAAUUCAAAAGUGAAUUCUCAUUAAUGUUGAACCUUUUACCAGUAAAUUUACAGCUUUAUUUCUGUUUUUAAUAUUAAAUUCCUUUUUUUUCUGAUUCUAAUAUCAGCUUGAUUGUUUUUUUUUUUAAACAUCAGUUAAUGUGUCACAAUCAGAGCAUCUCUUUUUUUUAAUCGCUCAGUAAAAGGAGCAAAAAUUGAAUCUCAGCUUCACUAAAAUACACAAAAUUUACAAAAUAUAAGGAUUGAUACUUUUGUAAUAGUUCUAGUUAGUUCACUUUUUUCUCUUCGGAUGUUUAGUAUAUUUAGUCUGUAUUUAUUGUAUAUAUUUAGUAUUUUUAGUCUGCAUUGUACUUCUUCUUAUAUUUAAUUUUAUUUUAUUUUUUUGCUGCUGUAACAUGAGAAUUUACCAGUUUGGGAUCAAUAAAGAAUAUCUAUCUAUCCAUCUAUAGUUAAAAGCCAAACUGUUAAAAUAAGUUAAAAUACACUUAAGUUUGUCUUCCUCAUAAACAUUUACAUGAUUAAAGUUGUAAAUUUAAAGUCUAUUUUGUAAUCGUUAGAGUUCCUUCUGGUAAAUUUGAAACUUUAUGACACUGAUACUUUCGUUAAAACCCAAUAAAAACACUAAAACUGUUAAAAUAGGUUAAACUACACUUAAGUUUGUUUCCGUCUUCCUCAUAAAAGUUCAGUUUUCUGUAUUUAUGCUGAUCCAGACUCUUCUACCAGGACCAGCUGAUCCUCUCAAACAUAAAUCUCAUGUCCGGUUUCCCCAAAACUUCGUGUCUCCCGUUGAGUGUGUGUCCUGCUUCUCGUGUGUCUGCGUUUUUAAAGGUUAGUGGUUUUUUAAGUCCUCAAAGUGACCCCGCCCCUCCUGUGUUUCUGCAUCCCCCAUAGGACAGGGAGGGGGAGCUAGCGUUGAUUGACAGGCUGUUGGCCAAACCCCAGCUGUCGUCGGCAGAGUUCCAGGAGUGGAAAAGAGCCUAUCAGGAGCUGUUCUCUCAGGAGCCCGACCCGGCCGCUGAAUCUGACCCCGACCCCGACCCCGGCCCGCCCCUCACCCCCUCGCUCUCUCACACACACUCUUACAUUGAGACCCACGUCUGA